AUGGCACAGGCACACCUCGCACCGCCAGGACCCGACUGCUUCUUCCGAUUCACGCAGGAGUCCCUUGCGGCAAUUGAGCAAAGGAUUGCUGACGAAGAAGCAAAACAGAAAACUGAUCAGGAGCAAAAGGAUGAGGACAGUGAGGAAAACAAGCCAAAGCCAAACAAUGACUUGGAGGCAGGGAAGACUUUGCCUUUUAUUUAUGGGGAUGUACCCCCAGGAAUGGUGUCGGAGCCCUUGGAAGACCUGGAUCCUUACUAUGCAGAUAAAAAAGUAAGUGUUCAUGAAGACCAAAGCCUUCAACAUGGUUUCUCGGGUCCCGGAGCUAUACAAUGUACACAAGUAAAGGUAUAUUUGAUCAUAGUGCAUUAUCGCCAAAUGUCUGUUGUUGUUAAAAUUUGUAUACUAGGGGCCUAGGACCCAUGUACCUACGAGACUGCCUCUCCUGGUAUGCCCCGUGGAGGACCUUAAGGUCCACAGAUGACAACACCAUGGAGGUCCCAAGUCGCAAGGUGGUUAGAUUGGUUUCAACUAGGGCCAGGGCCUUUUUAGUACUGGCCCUGACUUGGUGGAACGCUCUGUCACAAGAGACUAGGGCCCUGUAGGACUUGACAUCUUUCCACAGGGCCUGCAAGACAGAGCUGUUCCUCCUGGCCUUUGGUUUGGACUCAGUGUGACCCUUAUGUUUCCCUCCCCGUAUAGUUUUGAUCUAUGGGCUACUUUUAAAAUGAGGCUGCAUUUUAAAUUGCAUUUCAACCUGGAUUUUAAAUUGGGUCCCCCCCCAUUAUGUUUCUAUUGUAAUUUUACUGGUGUUAGCCACCCUGAGCCCGGCUCUGGCCAGGGAGGGCAGGGUAUAAAUAAAAUUUAUUAUUAUUAUUAUUAUUAUUAUUAUUACUACUACUACUACUACUACUGUCAUAUACCCACAAGAAGUGCUUUUUUCUGGGGGUACGCAGGGGGAUGCAUACCCCUAAACAUUUUGUGAAUCUAGGUUUGGCCUCAUUGAGGGGCAGUAUUUCAAUAUGAGUAGGAAAAUGAGAGUACCCCUAAAUAUUUUUUUAGGAAAAAAGCACGGGCCACAAGUCUCAGGGCAGUUGCAACAUAAACUCACAAUAUAAAAGUACAAAAUACAUAAUAAAAGCAAAAGCAACCCAAUAAACCUCUCCUCCCCAACACAUUUUAAAAGGGUGUUGGAUGUCAAUCAGCCAAAGGCCUGGUUAAAGAGGAAAGUUGUUGCCUGGCACCCAAAGGUGUAUAAUGAAGGCGGCAGGUAAACCUCCCUGGGGAGAGCAUUCCAUAAAUGGGGAGCCACUGUGGAAAAGGCCGGUUCUCAUGUUGCCAUCCUGUGGACCCCACGGGGAGGAGGCACAUGAAGAAGGGCCUCAGAAGAUGAUCUCAGGGUCUGGGUAGGUUCAUGUGGAGAGAGGCGGUCCUUGAGGUAUUGCGGUCCUGAGCCAUUUGAGGCUUUAUAGGUCAAAACCAGCACUUUGAAUUAGCUCAGAGACUAAUUGGUAGCCGGUGCAGUCAGACCAGGAUCUGUGUAAUAUACUCAAGCUGUCUUGCCCCGGUGAGCAACCUGGCCACUGAGUUCCGCACUAGCUGAAGUUUCUGGCAUUUCUGUGAUAACCAGUGCACAACAUUCCGGGAACCGACAACUGAACUCUUCAUACAGUGAGGCCCCGCUUAGUUGCAAUACGAAAACAUGGAUUUCCUGCUUUAAAAAAAAAUCUGAUUUCUGCUGACGCUUUCUCUCCUCCUUUACAUAUCAGAGGCAGGAAAGUUGAGGCUGUGUGAAAACAUGAGUGGAAGUACUGGGGUGAAGGGUUGGGGGAGUUCAAUCCUUCAGGGAUUCGCUUUGCCCAUCAAGUCCCACCCAUCAACUGACAUAUCCUGCCGAUCAGGUUGACAUCACCUGUUUGACAGAUAGCCAUGGCUUCACAAAAUAGCCCUGUGAGCCAAACUGGAAGCUCUGGUGGAUCAAGACUGGCCUGCCCAUCCUCCAAGAUGAAGAGACAUGACACACACACACACACACACACACAAUCCCUUCAUUCAUAAAAUAGAAGGGGAGGGGAUAGUGGACAAGCCCACUGUUCAUUUUGGUACCAACUCAUAAUUAGAAACCAUGGUUACCUGUAAAUGUUGGAACUGGGCCUGAGAGUAAACCACAGCAAAUGAAAUUGUCUUUUUUUUUUCAUUCUAAGAUCUCCUCGAACGUUAUUAUAAUCCUGCUUUUACAUGUGUGUAUUUUUCCUCUUUUCAGACAUUUAUAGUAUUGAAUAAAGGGAAGGCCAUUUACAGAUUCAACGCCACACCUGCCUUGUACAUGUUAAGUCCUUUCAGUAUACUUAGAAGAAUUUCUAUAAAGAUUUUGGUUCAUUCAUAUCCUUUUCUUCUUCUACAUAAUACUUGUUUAAAGCACUUCUUUGAGAAACUCAGUAGUAGCAUGAGGCUAUUUUAAUAGUUGGAUGUGGUUUUAUUUUUUCUUAAUUUCACCAUUGAAGUGAACACAAAAUGUUUUGAUGAAAUCACUUGGUUGAACUUCAGUAGAAGUAGAAUUCUGUGGUCAAGAUCCAACAUCAUGCCAGCAGACACAAUGGGACUUACCCUUCCUCUGCUCUCCCUUUGCAGCCUCCCAAUCUGCUCUGGAGUGUGUCCCAAUCCCCUGGAACAGGUUUUGGAGGUGCACAGGUCUAUAGGUGAUAGGAGAGGAAUGGGAAGUUCAUUGCACCAGUGGGAUGCCACAAUUACAAUACAACACCCUAAAUAAACUAGCAGCACAUAAUUCAUGCUAUAUUAUGAUGUUAAACGUUUUCAUCUUGGAUUUAUAGAUAUUGCUUGGAUGGAAUUUAUGAAUUCAUAUUCACUUAGAAGCCUGUUUCAUAAGAAAUUAUAUGCAUUUGUGUGAUCUAACUUAUCUAGCAUUUGUCAUGUGUUCCUUGACUUAAGCCAACAUUAUUCGGCAUCUUCAUCAUGUUCACUAUUCUGACAAACUGCGUGUUUAUGACCUUGAAAGAUCCUCCUGAGUGGUCAAAGGCUGUAGAGUAAGUGCAUUCUUUGUUUUCUUCCCAGUGACAUUUGGUUGAAUAUGCUCUGCAUAGCACUAUGGGGUUGAAUCUGGUGAAGGAACUUCUUGAGCCAAAUGACUUCCACCCGUGCAACAGAACUUUCCCUCCCUCUCAUCACAUGUGUGCUCCCACCACCACCACCCAGUAUCCCCUUCAGAGACCUGGGGGGACGGGAGCAAUAGCAGAUUUUUAGGGUUCUGCGGAACACACAAGAGAGGAAAGAAUGUUCUGUUACACGAGGGGAAGUCAUUCCACUUGCGCCAUAACUGAAUUAGGUUCAACCCAUGGCAUUGUUUUAAAAGGUAUACAGUGGUACCUCGGGUUACAAACACCUCAGUUUACAACACUUCUGGUUACAGACUCCGCUAACACGGAAGUAGUACCUCGGGUUAAGAACUUUGCCCCAGGAUGAGAACAGAAAUUGUGUGCCAGUGGUGCAGCGGCAGCUGGAGGCCCCAUUAGCGAUAGCAUGCCUCUAGUUAAGAACAGUUUCAGGUUAAGAACAGACCUCCGGAACGAAUCAAGUUCUUAACCCGAGGUACCACUGUACAUUCCUGAAAUUAAUUCUGGAGUCCAUUAGAUUGAAAAGUAGAUGUAAGACUCAUCAGCAGAGCAGCUGAAACAGUCUGUGAGAAUUAAUGAGGUCACGGGAAAAGAGUGAAGAGGAAAGGAGAUGGAUGGAUGCUUUAGUUGAUAUUCCUGCAUUGCAGGGGGUUGGACUAGAUUGCCCGCAGGGUCCUUUCCAGCUCCACAGUCCUUUGAUUCUAUUAGUGUACUGAGAACCAAGUCCUAUAGAACCCCACGGAGAACAGUAGAGAUGAGGGGGUGUUGGUGAAGCAAAAAUGCACUUGCAGAAUUUGGUAACAAUAUAUUGAAGCAUGAAGGAUUUCGGUCUCUUGUAUCACCAUUUGUCCUUCUUUCAGACUUCCUCAUUAUGUAUCAGGCUCUUUUCCCUGCACUCACCUAAAGGGAAGUAAUAAUUUUCCCUUUAUUGAAUACUUGGGCACAUUGAAUCUGAACUCCUGAACCUCUGAUCACAUUUAUAAACUUCCCCAGCAUUGUACCUUAAUUUCUGACCUCUACCUCUCUGGCCACCAAUGCUUAAUGAGGACUUAAUGACGCCUUAAGAACUGCAUCCUCCUCUUCCUCCUCCUCCUCAUUAUAUCCUGCUCCCCCCCCCCCCGCAAGACUGGGACUGUCUGCACUUCUGCAGUAAUGAAAGUUUCCCAUUAAAAAUUUUUGAUAUAUUUUAUGAGUAAUAUCUUCAUUUUAAUGACAACACAGAUAUAGAAAGAAAAUGGGUGUGUGAGAAAGAAAAGCAGAUAUGGCCAAUGAAGAGCAUCAGAUUCAUGUAAUGGGCUGCUACGAGCGUCUCUCUAAUAACUGUGAAGAAGAAAAAAUAUAAUUCUUAAAAAAUAAAUGAACAAGUAAUUAUAAUUUGUGAUCUAGCCUAUAGAUUGAAAAGUUUGCUUUUUUUUUCUCUCUCUCCCCUGUAGAUACACAUUCACUGGAAUUUAUACAUUUGAAUCCCUCGUUAAAAUUUUUGCAAGAGGUUUCUGUAUAGGUAGUUUUACUUUCCUCCGAGACCCCUGGAACUGGCUGGAUUUCCUUGUCAUUUCAUUUGCGUAAGUAUCCAGCAUUUUCCUAGUGUGCCAUCUGAGUAGACUUUACAGAAAUGAGUUCCACUUGUGUGAGUCACAGCUUUAACAGAUACAGUCAAAACUAGGUUCCAAAACGCCUCCAUUUUGGAACAUUUCAGUUCCCGAACACCGAAAACCCAGAAGUAAGUGCUUCGGUUUUCAAACAUUUUUCAGAAGCCAAAUGUCUGACGCGGUUUCCACUUGAGUGCAGGAAGCUCCUGCAGCAAAUCAGAAGCUGCGCCUUGGUUGUUGAACAUUUCGGAAGCUGAACGGGCUUCCAGAAUGGAUUACGUUCGACAACCGAGGUUUGACUGUAUCAGUAGUUGAAUUGUUAUGAAAUAGUGCAAAAAAUAAUACAUUUUGGGGAAACAAAUUACAAAUCUUGUCUUUAGAUUUGAGUAAUUUAUGUUUAAAAUUGGCAUAGUUCCUCUUGUUGAAACAAUUCAACAGUUGACAGUAGUAGGCAUACUCUAAUGUUGCUCCUAGGAUAAUCCUUUAAAUGCUUUCAUUAUUAUUAUUAUUUUAAAAAUAAGUAUGUGGCAAGCCUUUCUGGUUUCAGAGAUAAGCUUUUAAAAGUGAUCCAUAUUUUGGCAAAUAGCAAGACUGUGGUGUAUUCCCAACAUGAUACUUGGUGCUGAAUUUCCCACCCUAGUUUUAGGGUCUUGUGGGUAAGGUAGGAAAAUAUAAAAAGAAGGAAUGCAAUGGUUUUGAGCCUAUGCAUGCUUACCUGGGAUUAAGCUCCAUUGAAUACAGCGGGUCUUCAUCUCAGGUAUAUGUGCCCAGGAUUGCAUUGAAGGCAAACACAGGGCGGGGGGGGGGGGCGACAACUUGUUUAAUUGUAAAAAAAAAAAAGUAGCUUAAAUAAAUCUUUAGGUAAGUGGCGUAAAAUCUGCCUCGAUGCUGAACAACUGUGAUUUGAUUCUACAGGUAUAUAACAGAAUUUGUAGACCUAGGCAAAGUUUCAGCUCUUCGAGCUUUCAGAGUGUUGAGAGCUUUGAAAACUAUUUCUGUAAUCCCAGGUAAGAAGUGAGUGGUGUAAGGUGUUAGGUCCCUCGUGCCUCCCAACUGUUCCUUUUUAUCCUGUCAUUGUGUUUGUGUGUGAACUCCCCUAUUGCAGAUAUGUGACAGAGUUUGUGGACCUGGGGAAUGUCUCAGCGUUGAGAACAUUCAGGGUUCUCCGGGCAUUGAAAACAAUAUCAGUCAUCCCAGGUGAGAGCUAGGUUAAACACGGAGGCUGACUUGUAGAUUUGCCACAGCUGCAAGUCACGCGACUUUGCACAAGCUUUGCUGCUAACCAUGUAUGGUUGUUGUUUUAAGGAAUGUAGAUUUUUAGAUGCUACCGAAAAAAACAAUUCACAUUUUUUUAAAAAAAAAAAGCAAGUCAGCCUUUGAGUUUAACAUAUUCUUGCAUGAGACAGUAUACAGAGUUUGUAUUUUGCAUAUUAAAAUACUAAAUUUUCUCUCCCACACCAAUAUGAAAAGUAGUUGCAGCUUUCAUAUUAAGAUAAACCUUGCCGUUUAUUGAAAUAAUUUGGGAUGGAAAAUUUCAGCAUUUGGAAAGCUGAAUCACUAGUAGAAAUUAAGCCAAUAUGGUGAUAAAGAAUAGCAUGAGCAUUGCAUGAAGUAUUGCUUUAAAAAAAUACCUUUCCUCAGCAAACUAUCUUAUGGGUUGAAAGGAUGUGUGCUUCAUGAGCGAAAAAAUGUACAAUCAGUACCUUUUUUCUUUACAUGAGAUUGAUACAAAGCAUGAAUAACCAUGUCACCAGCUUUUAAAUGGCUAGUAUAGACUGUGUGCUUUUCAUUUCCAUUUGCAAUUUUACAUUCGGAAUCAUUUUUCACGAGGUAAAGGGGCUUUCUCUUUUUACCUCAUGACAAAAAUGAUAGCUUCUUUCAUCUAGGAGCUGCCUGCAUGACAUUUUUAAAUUUCAGCAGCUGUACAACCAUAUUUAACUACUCAACACCUAAAACAAUGAGUUGGAUAUUGUGAUUCCACAUUCUUCUCUCCUUUUAGGUCUGAAGACCAUUGUGGGGGCCCUAAUUCAGUCAGUGAAGAAACUCUCAGAUGUCAUGAUCCUGACCGUGUUCUGCCUGAGUGUAUUUGCACUAAUAGGGUUGCAACUGUUCAUGGGCCACCUGAGGCAAAAAUGUUUGCUUUGGCCCCUAAGUAACGAUUCAGCUGAAGAACCGUACUUUGCACAAUACUACAAUGCAGGAAUAAUCGACUGGGAUAAAUACAUUGGCGACACAGGUGAGGUUUACUGAAAGGGCCUCUGUGGUCCAGUGCGGACACCUGGAUACAAACCGAGGCACUGCCGUGAAUGCAGACAACUUGCAUUCUUGGGCAAGUCAUAAUAGGCAUCAUUCAGAAAUUAAGAGCUCAGCAGGAGGAACUGCUGAGAUUUCAGAGAACCAACCUCACUUAGAAACAGGAUAACUAGGUGCAGCCUGUGAAUUCUCCUUUAGGCUGGCCAUCUGGGUAGCAUUGUUAGGCACCUGCCAGGAGGACUCAAGCCCUAACAGGUGGCUUAUUGCUUCCUUCUGGAACUUUCUACCCCUGCUGUUGAAACUCCUUUUCUUUUCUGUGAAUCUGCUCUCUGUAUCUGUCCGUCAUAUCUAGUAUUUCUAUACCACCGUCUCAUAAAAUAUCAAGGCGGUGUACCACCUUAAAACUGGUAAAACACCAUCAAAACAUUUGCAGCACCUUUAAGCUGGCAAACAGUGUCAGCAGUGAAGAGAAGGAUCAGCAGCCUCCCCUGACCUGGCACUUUCCCCCUGGGUAACACCACUGCAUGGAUCUUGCCAAAACUCACUCAUAUCCCUCACCCUCACCCCCAGCUGCAAAAAAGACCUAGAGCCAGCACUGCUUUGUUCAUUUGGUGCUUGGGCCCAAAAUAAGAUGUAUACUGCCUGGGUUCAGUGCCUUGCCUUGCAACAAAUGCUAAGAAACUGCUUUUACUAGCUUAGGAAUCCUUUUUUGAUUACUGGGUAGCAGAGCUCCGAAUACUGACAUCUCAAGUGUGGGGGACAUAUACAUGGGGCUUCCCUUGUGCUUGAUCUGGAAGCUGCUGUUGGUGAAGAGUGCUGCAGCAUGAUUGCUGAGAGGAGUGAGACCCGGCCAGAGUAUAUAUCACCUCUGCUGAAGAGACCUGCACAGGAUGCCGAUUUGCUACUGGGUAGAGUUUGAGCUGUAACUAAUUAGUAUUUAAAGCCCUUAACGGGUUGGGGCCAGUUUACUUGCAAGAUUGCUUUGCCCCAUUUAUGCCCAUUCAGCCACUUCGAUCUGGAACUGGCACCAUUAUCGGUGCCAUAUAGUAAGUACACUGUUUCACGUUUGUAAGAAACCGAUCUUCUUAGCGUGGCAGCAUCCACACUUUGGAACUCCUUGCCUGUUGACACCAGGCAGACACCUGGGGCCGGCAGGACCCCAGGUGAGCACUGCUUAAAUGGCCAUGGGGGCAGACUUGAGGGAAGGCUUCCUCCUCCGUCGGCUCUGCCCCAUGGCCCAGCUCAUGUCCUAGCCUGCAUCCCCAUUUGCCAAUCUGAGAUGCAGGCUAGGAUCCGGCCUCUGAUACGCCCACGCCCCCUAUCUGGAUGGGGCUCUGAGGAGGCUACCCCCCUCGCCGGGGCCUUGGAGGAGCCUCUGCCGUCCCACAAUGCCGCCACACCCGAAAAAGGUGUGAGCAGACUUGCGCAAGCUUUUACAUUGGAUUAUCAUUUUAAAGCAAUCGUUUGAAUGAAAGCUGAAGGUAACACAUUUCUCCCCCCCUUUCCUUCCUUCUUAGAACAAACAAAACAUUUCUAUACUUUGGAAGGAUCACCAGAUCCCUUGCUUUGUGGUAACGGCACAGAUGCUGGGUAAGCAAGUGUAAAAUUGCGUAAGGGGAAGCCACCACUGAUCAUGCAAGUGAAGCUGGCUAAUCUAAUGGCAUAAUUCAGAACCUAAGAGCUGUGAGCCGAAUGAGGUUAAUGGAAUUGGGUUUCUCUGCUGUCUCUUUCCCCCCAGAGCCCUUCUCUUCCACACCCCAAACAGCCACUUUUGGGGAUUGGGUGGGAAUACAUUAAAAUAGCAUGGAGCAUGGCAGCUGGAGGGAGGAAUCUGUCCCCCACCCCCAUUGUGGGAGGGUGACUCAAGCCAUUGGUAAUGUUUGGGUUUAACAAGGACUCAAUUUAGCACAAAUGUUUAUUUCCCACAAUUUCUUUGUAGAAAUGUAUAUGAGUCCUGUGAUAAGCUAUUUUUUACUGUUUAUACUCUCAGGAGCCUAGUUCAUACUGAACCAGGGUUUGUCCCCCCCCCUCCCUCCCCCCUUUUUUUUAAAGAGGAGAGGAGGAGGAGCCCCCAAAGGUGGAAUCGACAAAAAAGAGAGGCAAGGUCUCAAACUGAUGUUCAGACAAUGGAAAUGUGCUGUGGUGUGUUCUAAGUGAUGCAACAUUGCUAUUUAGACAGUGGCAGCCUCUGGGGGAAGGGCUGCAGCUUGGUGACAGGGCAUCUGCCUUGCAGGUAGAAGGUCUCCGCUUCAAUCCCUGGCAUCUCCAGGGUGCUGGGGCAGGACCUGUCUGAAACCCUGAAGAGCGGCUGCCACUCAGUGUAGACAGUUCUGAGCUAGAUGUAUCAGAACUUCCUAUGUUCCCAGCUUCUUAGGUUCCCAACCCAUCCAAAAGAAUCAGAAAUACCACACACCAUAGCGCAUCUCUAUUCAGCAAGCAUCAGUUGUGGUUUUGAGCUGGGGUUUUUUACUAUACUUUUGCCCUUUUCUUUCAGACACUUAAAAUGGACUAACAUGGCCCGUUCUAUAUGCAUAUAUUUGACGUAGUAGUAGCAGCAGAUAUGGAUAGUUCAUCUGUUUCACAUGUGUUCAUUCACAAGUCUCUCCCAGCCUGCUACUGCAUUAAUCUGUUAACAUCUUUUUAAAAAAGAAAACCCAUACUAAAACCCAUAUUUAAAGAUGUACCUUGUCACAAAAUAUGCAGUUAAAUAUGCAUUUUACACGUUUCUAAAUUACGUUAUGCUAAAAUACACAUUUUUUAUGCAUCUUGGUGCUUUAUUUUUCUUUUUACUGAGAACUCUAUUACAGUGACCACUCCCCACCUCAAAUGGGGGGUGCUUUUUGCGGGGGGCACAGCCACCUGAUACUACAUGAUCCCCAGCAGUUCAGCCUGGCCUCGCCUCCCCAAGCUGGAUACCUGGAGGUUCCCAUCUAACCUCAGACAGUAGCCAAUCCCAGCUGGGGAGGUGUUGCUAGGGGAGUUGACCAGGUAGGGUUAGGACCACCCUGCACACACAAUAGAGGGUGGAAAAUUGAAAGCAGUGGAUUUUAUGAAAUUCUCCUCCAUCCCUAGUUAGUAGGUGGAAUGUCAAUUUAGGUACAGAAACAAGUCAUCUUUCCCCCCUCCCCCUCCAUUGCUUUCUUUCACAGCCAGUGCCCAGAAGGAUAUAUAUGUGUAAAAGCUGGUCGAAACCCCAACUAUGGCUACACAAGCUUUGAUACCUUCAGCUGGGCCUUCUUGUCGCUCUUUCGGCUGAUGACUCAGGACUACUGGGAAAACCUGUACCAGCUGGUGAGAGGGUCUCAAAACCAAAUUCUGUUGAUGCCAUAUGUAAGGGGAAAGCCUAAUACUACCCAUCCUUAAAAUCACCUUUCCCUCCCUAUGAGAAGGGCCAUAGCACAGUGGUAGACCAUCUGUUUUGCAUGCAGAAGGUCCCUGGUCCAAUCUGCAACAUCUACAUGUAGGGCUGAGAAAGAUGCACACCCACACCCUGCCUGAAACAUUGGAGAGCCACCGCCAGUCAGUGUGGACAAUGAGCUUAAAAGGACAAUGGUCUGACUCAGAAGAUGGCUGCUCUCUACAGUGGUGUAGUGUGGGUUGCCAGCACCCGGGGCCACGUGGAUGGGGGUGGGAGGGAGGAAAAUAGAGUACGCAUGCACAUUCAGCUGCCCCUAAGGCAUCUGCAUCACCCAGGAGUUUGCAGCUGCAGUGCUAAGAAAAGAAGAGUCGCUCCAUUGUCUGGAGAGGUCACUUCCUGGUUCGCAUGGAGAAGUCAUUUUCAACGGAGCCCAGAAACGGAGGCACACAGCUGUAUUGAGGCAGCAUCAGGUGUUGAAAUUUUGUGGCCCUAACAAUUUUGUGCUUGGGGCAACCAUCCAUGUGUCCCCCCCCUGCCCUGCCCCACGCUAUGCCACUGUCUCUCUAUGUUCCUGCCUCUAUGAAAUGCUUACUCAACUAAAAACAGCAAUGACAAAUUGCUGCAUUUGAAAGCCAGUUUUAUUUUCCGAGAGAAAGGGCUGAACCUCACAGACUGCACAGGAAAUGUUGGACUUGUCAAUGGAAGUUGUAAAUGAAAUGUAAUUCUGAAAUGUUAUUCAAAGCAUCUGUGCUGUAUUGCAAACAUAUUACAAAUACUCCCGCCACAUAAGUGUUUCUGAACAGUUGGGUUGGUUCUGGUGUAGCCCGUCCAAGAGAGAUGGAAGAGCUACUUUUGUGUGCAGAAAGGGCUGCAAUCUAGCGUAGGUUCCAGUCUGCGGAAGAGGAAGAGAGGCAUUCUCCCCCUGAUUUCUCCUCCUCCCCACUUCCACAAUAUUCCAUAGGGUUGUACAACUCUUAAGAGCAGAUUUCAGGGGAGGUGCUUGGUAACUUACUUAAGUAACAUCACAAUCCUAACCAUGCCUAUUCAGAAGUCAGCCCUGUUGAAUUCAGUGGGGCUUACUCCCAGAUAAGCAGGGUUAGCCUUGCUGCCUUCAUACCUUAAGUCUAUUGAGUCUAAUCUGAGUGUGGCAUAGUCACUCAUACUUGUAAGUUUCAGUUGUCCUUACUGAUCCAAUAACCUACAUUGCCUAUGAUUUCCCCAGACUCUGCGUGCUGCUGGCAAAACAUACAUGAUCUUUUUUGUCCUGGUGAUUUUCCUGGGCUCUUUCUACCUGAUCAACCUGAUCCUGGCCGUUGUUGCCAUGGCCUACGAAGAGCAGAACCAAGCCACCAUGGAAGAAGCAGAGAGGAAGGAGGCCGAAUAUCAGCAGAUGCUGGAACAACUGAAAAGGCAACAAGAAGAAGCCCAGGUACUGGAAACUUUUGCGCUAGUACAGCAUUUCCCCACAAAUUUGAGAACAGAAGGCGUAACUACCCAGAGAUUCCUUGCAGAAGUUCCAUCGUGUACUUGGGCAAAAGGCAACAUGUGCAAAUGAGUUCAUGCAUGCAACUUAACUGAAGAAGAUGAAAAUGUUUUACGAAAAUAUAUAUGAAUGGAUAACCCUAACAGCAGGUAGACAGCAGUUGCACAAAGCUCUGCUGAUUUUCAGUGGGACUUGUGUGGGAUUCCUGUGCAGUGGGAUUCCAGUGCAGAUUUCCAGUGGGACUUUGCAGUGGGAUUCCAGUGCAAUGCUAAGUAAACUCUCAACUAGUAGAGUGUACAAUUUGGAAAAAUGGAAGUUAAUGGUGUAAGCUCAGAAACAACAGUGUGUCUUGUGCCACCGUAAAUACUUGACAAUUUCACUGUGGCACACCUGCAGUAAUAGCCUCCCUACAGAAUUGUCCCUGCUACUUACUAGAAGAGAGAGAGUCAGUGUGGGUGCACUGGUGGGAGCACUGGAUUGGCUCCACCGAUGUGCCCCCAAAUUGUUGCUAUCUCUGCCCUCUCAGUGAAUGGCAACGAUGCCACCAGGAGGUUAUUGCUGCCCUGCUGCCCCACUGGGUGAGCUGCUCCUGCAUUGCGUAUAGGCAGACACUUAGAGUUAAUAAUUUGGAUACAUAUAUUAGAUGUGCUUUUCAACAGAAAAUAUAUUUCUACACCUCAACAUGCAAAUGAAUAUUGGCAAGUGAAUAUUCUUCAGCGGACCUCUGUGAAUUUCUCAGGGUGUUAAUUUCUUUUAGGGUGAUUCUGACAGCAGCAAAUUUGAACCUCUUUUGGGCCAAUAAACAAUGAACCAGCUUCAUUUGUCAUUCAUAUAUAUGUGUGUAUAUGUUUGUUUGUUUGUUUGUUUGUCUGUGUGUGUAUGCGUACUGUAUAUAUGUGAGAGAGAAGUGUGGGUUUUAGAAAACUGAACGAGAACUCUCACCGAUCAAAUAAUGAUUCAGGAAAAGAUGCAAAUUAUUUUUGCAUCUUUUUUUAUUUAAUUAUUAUUAAGUGUAAGGUUUAUGGAACAGGGAAGUUUUCAGUGUUUGAUGUUUUAUGAUGCUUUGAUAUUGGUUGGAGGCCUCCCAGAGUGGGACAACCCAGUUAGGUGGGCAGUGUACAAAUAAUAACAUUAUUAAUAUUAUUUCUGACACGAAAAGUGGAACAGUCCUUACACAUUGUGCUUUCUGUGCACUAGGGCCAGUGGAUUGCAGCAUUGUGUAGAGCAGGAGCAGCUGGAUUUUGCUGGACUCUAACUCCCAUCAGCUCCCAGCAUGGCCAGUGGUCAGGGAGAUGGGGAUUUUAGUUCAACAACAUCUGGAGGGCAACAUGCUGUCUACCCUGGUAUAAAAAGAAAACAAUCCACCAGCAUACUAUCUUCAGAGUAUAUAUUACAUUGGUGCAUACAAAAAAAUACUCCAUGAACAAUAAAUAUAUACCCCCAAGCAUGCUGGCUCCUCCUUCCAGAUCCUUAGUUGGAAGCUAUUUUGUUAAUACUUUGGCAGAGGAAACCACCCAUCUUCUUGUAUUCUUGAAGCAUCCAGAAAUAGUUCUACAAUAACCAUGUGGUAGUUGCAAGUCUUCAUCGGCAGAGCUGUGACAAGCUUGACCUCUCUUUAUACAACAGGCAAUAGCAGCCGCAGCCGCUUACAAAGACUUUAAGGAUGAUGGCGCACUUGGAAGACUUUCCCAGACUUCUUCAGAAAUGUCGAGGCUGAGCUCCAAAAGCGCUAAAGAAAGAAGGAACCGGAGGAAGAAGAGACGGCAGAGAGAGCUGUCUGUAGGAGACGAGAAAGCCAACGGCAAAAAGUUUCCAAAAUCUGAGUCUGAUAGCAGCAUCAAAAAGAAGGGGUUUCAGUUUUCCCUGGAAGGAAACAGGCUCACGUAUGAAAACAGGGUCACCUCUCCAUACCAGGUACGUUGUGGCACUGGCUGUGCUGUUGCAAAAUGUUCAACUUUCAGGCGGGCUCUGGGUAAUGGGACCAAUCUGUUUUAGGCUUGACGUUUCACGCCAAGAGUGGGCAACCUGUAGCUGUUGUUGGACCGCAACUCCCAUCAUCUCUGACCAUUGGCUAUGCUGGCAGGAGUUGGGAGUCCAGCAGCAUGUACAAGGGAGGAGGAAGAAGGCAAAGCCAUGGGAAGAAGUGCAAAAGCACCAAGACCUUCUACCAAUCUCUUCUGUUCCACAGGUUUCAGGGAUUGUGUGUUCAGACCUUUAAACCUCCCCCUUAAAUAAAUUCAGACAAGACACAAAUUUUGGUUUGGUUUUUGGCAGAAUUUAGGCCACAACUUUAUUGAUUACAGCAAGUGAGUGGUCGCACAGGCUCUGGUUCGACUAGCUCCCUGCACUGUUGCAGGCAGCACUGACCCAAGGCACCAGCGUAGGUCAGCCUAGGGUGAACACCUGGAUAAGCAGAAAGCCAGGAACAGGCUAUCUCCGCCACCCAAAUGCCCCCCUGGACUCAGGCACAGGCACAACCCCCUCACAGGGGUUGACCAAACCAUUGAGUCCCUGGAUUCCUUUAACGGAAUACCCUUCACAUAGGGAUGGCGAGAGCGUUCUCCCAUCCCUAUCACCUGAACCAGAGCCUAUCCGCAACCUUACAAGUUGUGACGAUUUGCUAUGCGGCAGGCAAAACCCAAAUGGCACCAGCCAAUCGGCCAUGGGGAAAAUUCCUGCUGUGCCCCUGUCCCAACGACAGAUGACACAUGACGGCAUAGCAAGGUCAAGCGCGCAGCCCUAAAAACAGAGAGAGGUGGGCGGGUGUUUCGAUGCAUGCACCGAAAGAGGAAGCUCUGGGUCACGUGCAUGGGUAUAUAUAGGUCCCUUGAUCCGUUUAGCUUGUGUCCCAUUGGCCUGAUUGAACCCAGCAUCAAGGGGACCUACCAAUUGGGUGUUGUGGCUAUUCAAUCAACCCACCCACAACACAGGGUUUGGUUGCCAGGUCUCACCACAACAUGUGCCCUCUUUAAGGGAGGACCCGAUUUAGUAUCAUCUGAAUCUAUUAGAUAAUUUUUUGGGGUUUAGUAGAGAAGUAAGUGGUGAAGCCCAGGCCUUGACACCUUUUAAUUGCUUGAUGUUUAAGCAAAGAAAAAGAAGCAGGGGGAGCUUGCAACUUGGUACAUGAGGGCAGCAAGAGGGACGUGUGACACAGAAGAGCAGACUUAGCCCUUCUCAUAUUUGUUGCUUCUCCCCUACAUACCUCUCCCUCAGUGAUUCCCCCCCCCCUUUGACUUUUUAUCUUUUGCUUUUUUCAUCUUCAUUACUUGUUCAGUUGUUUGUGGUGUAGAUAUUCAGAAAGGCAGGCUAGUGCCAACUGAGUAAAUUGUAUCAGCGUUCAAAAUUUGCCAGGCGCAUUCUGCACCUCGCUAUCAAUCACUUUGAGAGCAAGUGAAGAUGCCCAGGCAUUGGGGUGGUGCCCAAUGUCCCCACCAUCUGGAGGUGCAUGCCUGGGGACCCUUGGAUCUUGACUUUUUUCACACACUAGCAACACAUCCUGUAGAAUUCCAUCCAUUAUAUUUUAUCUGCACAGUCAGAAUGAAUUUCAGGAACCAAACAGUCAUAUUGAAAAAUACGACUUUUGAACCAGUCUGCCCCCCAAAUAGCAACUUGGCAUUCCAUUUUGGCGACUGUGACCCUGGUUUAAGGAGCCAUUUGGCGCCUAGCUUAUAUAUCUGAGUUUCUAGCACUGGUUAUUGUAUUGAACCUAUUUUGAAAAAUACGUUCGCUUUCAUAACAUAAAUGCUUAACUGAAGAGGAAUGAAUAUUGCUGUUGUCAUUGUGAGAACAAAGCUGGGGAAUGCAUAUUCUUUUUUAGAGAUUGUCUUUUAACUAAAUACUAUCAAGCUCACUAUUUUCCCCACCGCUACCCCCAGUGAAUACACACAAAGUUAAUAUUUUGAUAGUUCACCAAAACCUGAAAAACCUUCUGGAUCUGGGAAGAGUAAUCUGGGUUUUCUUCUUAAAGCAACAGCAGUGAGGAUUUAGCUAUGGCUUCCUAAGUUUCAUCUAACCAUUCUGUUUGUAUCUCCUUAGUCGAUGCUGUUUUCCACAAGACGGAACAGCAGAGCAAGCUUUUCCAGCUUCAGAGGCCCGACCACUGAAGGGGGCUCGGAUGCCGAUAGCGAACAGAGCACCUUUGACGAUAACGGGAGCCGUAGCGGUUCCUACUUCAUCCUACGCAGGCACAGCGAGCGGUGCGGAAGUAACAUUAGCCAGACCAUGUUCCCCGUGUUUCCAGUGAAUGGGAAGAGGAACAGCAGCGUGGACUGCAACGGGGUGGUUUCCUUGGUAGGAGGACCCCCAGCGCUCCUCUCGCCCACUGGACAGCUUCUCCCAGAGGUGAUAAUAGAUAAAGCAACUACCGAUGACAGUGUAAGGAUGUUUUAAGUAGCAUAGGCAUGGUGGGUCUACAGAAUGGAAUCCAAGCUGCCUAAAUGCAUCUGCAUCCUGGGGUUGCGGCGGCGGUGGGGAAGCAAGCUUUCAUGCUGCAACUCUCCGGGCUUUGAAAACUAUGCGAGACAGAAAGGAAUGGCCCUGCCUCUGCCUGCAUGUGCUUUUGCAAACACAGCCCUGAGUCGGGCAGUUUAAUAUGGCCAAAUGUACAUUUACUUUGUGCACAGCAAAUGCUUGUUCAGUGGCAGAGGCCACUUUCCUUUUGCAUUCUCCCUGUUCCUGCACAUCCUCUUUCUCUCACUCCAUCCUUCUCCCUGAUUCUCCUCCUGUUUCACCUGAUCUCCUUUGCAUUCCCUCACCAAAACCUGUACCAUUACCUUCCCCAAUUACCCUGAGAACAGUAAAAGAGAAAGGGGCACGUCCCAUCACCUUGCAGGCUAUGUGGCCUUCCCUAAAGCAGCUCCCCUGUCAGCCUAGCAGGGAAGGACAGGGAGGGAGGCAACAGCCAGUGCCCUGGUUUUUAUUUACAGUGGGACCUCGGUUUUCGAACAUAAUCCGUUCCAGAAACCGUUCAACUUCCAAAACAUUCGAAAACCGAGGAGCAAUGGGUGGUUGGCAAAAUCCAUUGAGAAAAAAGAAAAACACAUAGCGGAAGCCGUUUGACUUCUGAGGCACGUUCAAAAAUGGAAGCAAUUACUUCCAGGCUUUCUGCGUUCGUCUUCCGAAACAAUCGGCUGCCAAGACGCUCGAAAACUUGAGGUUCCACUGUAUUUAUCAUAUAUAAAGCUCCACGUUUAUGGAUGUGUCUCUCUGUGUGUGCUCCACUGCCGGAGAAAGACCAGACAUGAUACAUAAAGGGGGGAAAGGAACAUAGGGAAACUGGACAGCAUUUGAAGAUGGACAUGCAGUUCUCCAUUAGUGACCUCGUGGGUGAUCAUCAGCCCCUGGCAUUGCUGCAAUCACUUUGUGUUCAUUUUGAAGCCUAACGUUGAGGGGAAAUGGCAUUUUCCAAGCAGUAGAAAAUUAUUAGGCAUGUCUGCGUGGAUUUUGAAGCAACAAAUAUCAUCUAGACUUAAAACCUGAUAAGGCCCCAGUUUAAAAACUUUGCUCCGCAAUGGACUUGCUGGUAGUAGCAGCUGGUGUGGGGGAGGUGGGGCACUGCUGCUAUCCUGACACAGCAUGCGCAUAUGGGGUUAGGUGUGGGGAGUGCCAAGCUCUGGAGCCAGUGGCUCUCACCAUUAUGCCAUUACACAGCACUAAGCUCCCCUCCCCUUUUCUCUCCAGUGAGUGCCAGCAACACAUUGUACUUGGAAGCCAGGAGACCAGCAGUGCCUCACCUUUGCUGCCUCACCAGCUGCUUCUGCUCACCAGAAAGCCUUUUUGUCUUAGCUCCAGAUCCCCAUCUGUAAAAAUGGGAGCAAUUGCUCUUUUUCGUUUAAAAAAAGUGCUUCAUUUAGUUGUUUCAGAACCAUUCUUUGUAGUCCGUAGACACUGAUGGAGGACUCCUCACUUACCUAUGCAUUGUGUUUGAAGAUACGUACAACAUUUUAUCCCACUAAUUCGUCCCUGGUUCUGAUUGGCGUGGUAAAGCUCAAUUAAGUCAGACUUUUAUUGCUAAUUUAUUUAGACAAAUGCGACAAGCUCUAAAUGAGAGAAAUCAGGCAUUUAACUUUGCUAGAUGUUUUAAUAAGGAGAAGCAAUCCUGAACAGAUUGAAGACCUGAAGGAACACUUGUUCACAAAUUGGAUGCUGAUGAGUGAAAUAAUUGUUGUUCUCAUGUGACCUUUUUUCCUCCUUUUUUCUUUAUUGACCGCCAUGUGAAAGCUAUUUGGAUAUCUAAGCAUAAAAACCUGGGGAGUUCUGAGCUCUGGUUCAAGUUCUUCAUGUUUUGAAUAACGUACAGUUUCUUCUACCUUCUCCAGGGAUGGAGAAUCUGUGGCCUCCUAGAUAUUGUUGAGACUACAACUCCCAUCAUCCUUUAACAUUGGCCAUGUGGGAUGGAGCUGAUGGAAGUUGUAGUCGCAAGAGCAAAGGCACAGCUCCAUUUGUUGAAGGGCUUUUUGAUAAAUAAUCAAACAGCCAGGUCAGAUGUUUGGCCCAGCAGUACGGUUCUGCUCACAGGCAGAGAGAACACCAUACUCAAGAAGUUGUACGUGAGUCAGGAAUGUGUGCAAUACUCACAAUCCUGACACCACUUUGGAGGAGCAGAGGGACAUCAGACAGUUCACAUCUAAAAAAUACCAGGCUAAUGCAUAUGCUCCUUUGCAUGAUAACAAAUGAGAGAGUUCCUGAGAUGUGGGUCCGAUUCUGCUCACUAAGCCAGAUGCCUGAACUGAGCGAAUGAAAAGCUGUAAGAGUUCAGCUGGCUCUUUGUGGCGUGUACAAAAUACAUUCUGCUAUUUAAAUUAUUUCUUUAAAACCAGAUAUAUGAAGCAUCUUUUUUUUGGAAGGGCUAGAUAUUGUAAAAAGUCUGGCGUAAUAAAGGCAAAACUGCAUGUGGCAUGAAUGCUUUGAUAUUUUGUGGGGUUACCUUUACAAUGUAUGCUUCCCUGUAUAGUUUAUGUUGAUAAUCUAGCUGCUUUACUCCACUGCAGAGCACUGCUUCUGAAGUAGAUAGCAGAAAGAGGAGGUCAAGUUCUUUUCAGAUACCAAUGGAUUUACUGGAAGAUCCUGCUAUAAGGCAAAGAGCAAUGAGUAUAGCAAGCAUAAUCACAAAUACCAUGGAAGGUAGGUGUGGGUGGGUGGGUGUAAAAGCACUGUGAGAGUUUGGUUCAUAAAUGAAUGGAAUCUUUUAAGAAUAUGAGAAGUUCUGAGAGAUGUUAUUAAAGAAGUAAAAUCUGGAAAAGCACUAAUUAUAAUUAUUAGGUAGAGACAACUAAAAAAUAAAACAAAGCUUUAGUGAACAUGCAUGUUCAAUUGCAGGAUCAAAUGAUCAAUGCAUCACCAUAGAGGUAAUGUUGCCAACAGAACUUACGUAAUUAAUUUUGCAAAUAUUGAAUAAUUUAGUCAAGUUGCAUUUUCAUAAUUAGCAAACAGCAUUGAGUGAAUAUUUGGUCCUCAUGUUUUCAAUAUGCCUCUCUUCAGAACUUGAAGAAUCCAGGCAGAAAUGUCCACCAUGUUGGUAUAAAUUUGCCCACAGUUACUUGAUUUGGAAUUGCUGCGAUACUUGGUUGAAAAUAAAGAAAACUGUUCAUUUCAUUGUGAUGGAUCCGUUUGUUGAUCUUGGCAUCACCAUCUGCAUUGUCCUAAAUACAUUGUUUAUGGCCAUGGAACAUCAUCCCAUAGAUGAUGCCUUCAAGAAUGUUCUAUCAACUGGAAACCUGGUAAGUGAGGGUUGUUGUUUUUUGCUUUUCAACCCAUCUUAUCAUUUUCUAAUUAAAACUAAUUCUGGACAACUGAAAAUGCUUUCAAAAAUGGUUGUAUCUCCACUGAGUGUUCCUAAACCUGUUGAAUAUAUGAAUCUGCCUUCUACUGAAUCAGGACAUCAUCUAGCGCAGUCUUAUGUAACCACCACUAGCUCUCUGUGAUAGCAGGUAAAGGGGUUUCCCCCAGCCCUGCUAUCUGAAGUCCUUUAAACUAGGAUUGAACCGAUGUCCCCAAGGUCCUGCUUCCUCCUUCUUCCCAAAGUUCUGCUUCCAUCGGCUUCUGUCCUGCAAGAAUACUUUGCUCUGUGCAGCCAAGCAUCUACCUGGGGUUUGCUUGCUGCUCCUCCAAAUUCCUACCAGAUUUAAAGCCCCUUUGAAAAUUCCCAGCUUCCUCACCAAACAUUUAGCCAGGAAACUUCCUUGCAGUAAACUCUUCCUCAGAUAGCUACUCUGUUUCUCUGUCUUCCGCUUUCAUACGAAUGUAUCUUCCACAUGGACUGGCUCCACUCCCAUCAAUCUCUGUGUGUUUGGCAAAAGCCUAAAGGGAAGUCAGUAUGAAUAGGCUCCUCCACACAGUCAGAAGUUCUGAAGUUAAACAAGAAUGGUUCCUCUAAGGAGCACUUCCAGCCCUGUCUUCUGGAUGCUGCAAGUUGGUUCUUCUAAGUUCAGAAUCACCACACUGCCGCUUUGAACAGGGCAAUGAUGCAAUCCCAACACUUUCACUAUUAGAUUACAUCCAUGCAUUGCUUCUUUUUAAUACAAAACAGGCAAUUAAAUGGGAUGGGGAAGACGGGGUAAUAAAAUGCAGAAGUUAACUUUUUUCAUUCUGCACUUAGGUCUUCACUGGAAUCUUCACUGCAGAAAUGGUCCUCAAGAUAAUAGCCAUGGAUCCUUAUUACUAUUUCCAAGAAGGCUGGAACAUUUUUGAUAGCAUCAUUGUCAGCCUGAGUUUGAUAGAGCUGGGUUUUUCAGAUGUGGAUGGAUUAUCUGUUCUACGGUCAUUCAGAUUGGUAAAUAAGAAGCAAAGUCUCAUUACUCAUUUGAUCAUAGACUUGAGGAGGGGAAAUAGUUAAAAACCCUCCCUCUGACUGGAUCUGAGGAAGGGCACAGAAUCUACAGGAAAGCAGUGAGUGCUGGGCCUACUUUGGAAAGGUUUCCACCCUUUAUCCCAACCACAUCAUUAAUUUUAACCAAGCUGAAGCUAGUAGCAAGCGUGUUAAAUGGGUGUGAAGACCUAAAACUGCCAGCUUCACUCGUCUCUCCAAGGCCUCAUAACCAGCAGAGAAAGGGUGCAAGCUUUUCUUGGAGCACCAUAAUCUCAUAUUUCCUUUUGAUUUAUGCUGCCGAUUAACAGCACACCUUUGCUUAUCCAUCCAAGAUGUCUUCUUGCAUGGACACUGGGAAUUCUUAUGCUCAAUAAUGUGGGUCUGCUGCUAAAGAAGGGAGAAGAGUGUCCAUGCUAUCCUUACUUUAUAUCCACAGCUACAUCAACAGAGAAGCCACACUAUCUAGGAGGAGUGAGACAUUAACUUGUACCUCUGCAGGCAAUUCCUGCUUGGGAAAGCCUGCCUUACACUGUGACAACUCUAGUUACAGGCCAGGGAUGGGGAACCCAUGUGGCCCUCCAGCCUCCAGCUCCCAUCAGCCCCAGGAAGCAUGGCCAGUGGUGAGGGGUUAUGGGAAUUGUAGUCCAGCAACAUCUUGUGGGCCACAUGUUCCUUAGCACUGCUAUAGGCCGUAAGCUAAGUAAGUGUGUCAUAUGGUUGUUGCUGGAGCUUUCCCAAAUAGAGCUAUGGAAACACUUGAGUUCAUGGCUCUUUGUCCAAUAUAUAGCUGGUGAUGGGAUGUGAGUCUCUGAAUUGCAACCACCGUCUGUAUCUCUUUCUCAUAUAAAUAAAUGCCUCAUUGUCAUUUUCAGCUUCGAGUCUUCAAGCUGGCGAAAUCUUGGCCAACUCUGAACAUGCUGAUCAAGAUUAUUGGCAACUCUGUGGGUGCUCUGGGAAAUCUGACCUUGGUCCUAGCUAUUAUUGUCUUCAUUUUUGCUGUGGUUGGCAUGCAGCUGUUUGGCAAAAGCUAUGAUAAUUGUAAGUGCAAGAUUUCAGAGGACUGCUCACUUCCACGCUGGCAUAUGAACGACUUUUUCCACUCUUUCUUGAUCGUGUUCCGAGUCCUUUGCGGAGAAUGGAUAGAAACCAUGUGGGACUGUAUGGAAGUGGCAGGCCAAGCCUUGUGCCUCAUUGUGUUCAUGCUGGUCAUGGUGAUUGGAAACCUUGUGGUAUGUAAUCAACAACUGUCCUUUCAGUUACCGUAUUUUCUGUUGAUUGUCUGAUUACCUGCUAUUAUGAUCCAUUUAGGCAAACCAGUAUGAAUACUUGUUUAGAAAAUCUGUUGACCCCCUUUCUUCUGUAAAUAGCACCCACGGUGUUAUUUCUAUAGAAUCAUAUAGCUGUAGGGGAUUUCAAGGAUGAGCCUGCUCAGCUGGCCGCAUUGACAGGCACCAAAGGUUUUGACAGGCACUAAUUAUUUGCCCACCAAAAUACCAGAUUUCCUUUUCAUUGUAGGCAUCACCUGGGCUGCAGUUUGAUGUCUUAUGGCCCAUUCCAGCAAAAGGGAUUAAGUUAUUAUUUGUUUGUUUGCUAUGUUUGUUGGUCACCCAGUCACCAGGUUCUCGGGAUGGUGUAUAAUUUUCAAUGCCUGGAAGCAAUUUUGUUGUGCUUGGCUCUUUUGCCUGCACUCAUGGCUGGUGGCCAGCAGUGUGGGCAGAGGAAUCCACACGUAAUACCCUCCUUGCAUUACAGACAAGACAGCAAACAAAUGUUCAGCAUUAAAGAUACAUUGCAGAUAAGAGAGUUCCUUGAGUGCAGCAGAAGGCACAUAGCCUGUUGUUAGUUUGGGUGCUUUCCCGGCCAAUACAGCAAUGUUAAUUUGUUUCAUUUAAUCCAUGUUUGAAUUUGCAAAUUAGCAACCCAGCGAGUCAAGGAGUAAAGCAUAACCUGGUGCUAAAGACCACUGAAAUAUACUGAAACAAAUCAGUUGGUUUAUUGUUAUAUAAUUCUUCAUUCAAAGCAUAUUGUUACAUUAUUGAUUUUUAUUUUUAUGUCAGAAUGUGCACUUCAUUCAGAGAGCACUUCAGCAGUGUACAGAAAUAGAAUAUAUUUGAAUAAAUUGAAUAAAUAAUAAUACAGUAAUCAUCUGGCCCAAAAGGCACUGCUGCUGUAUCCUAGUUAUGUCCUAACAUUCCAAAUUUACUUGUGCUUUUUCUGUCAUCUUUGUAUGAGAACUUCAAUAUAUUGGGGUGUAUUUUCGCAAAUAUCCCACUCUGUUUAAGAAAUAAGUAUGUUCCACUGGUGGAAGUGGUUAAAAAAAAUUAUGAUGACAAGAUAAAUAGGUCCUUCUCUUUAGUUUCUCUGAUACACAAAUUGCUAACAUUUGGUAAACUUGCAGACACAACACACACUGGAUUGUUUGGUUCUGCUAACAAACAAAAGCAUUGUCAAAAAUAAGACAGCAACUAAGAAAGGAUAGAUGACCACUGAUUUCAUAUCCCCAAACCCUGGAAGUAAGCACUUAAUCAAAGAAUUUUUUUAAAAAAAAAGUUAUUCAGAAAUUGAAAUAUGAAUUCAUGAAUUCAGUUUGAGAAUACAUGGGAACAAAUCUGACUUUUAGGUUUUAGGAAUUAACUUAAAGGGGGGAAAGAGCCUAAUUGAAUUCUUUUCCCCCCACAGGUCCUGAACCUUUUUCUGGCCUUAUUAUUGAGCUCUUUCAGUUCAGACAGCCUCGCUGCUCCAGAUCAGGAUACAGAUGCAAACAACUUACAAAUUGCCAUAGCAAGGAUCCAGAGAGGAAUAGAUUACGUCAAAAGAAAAAUAUAUGAGUUUGUGCAAAUGACCCUUUUGCAAAAAUGUAAGGCCUCCACUGGAAUUGGCUCAGCUGAUGGGCAAAAUGGCAAGAAAAGUGGGUGUGUCCCCAACCACACUGUAGCUGACUAUUACAAUGACAGAACCACAACUACCAUCUACGUGGAUCACAUGUCAUUCAUCAACAACCCAAACCUCACGGUGACAGUACCGAUAGCUGCGGGAGAGUCUGAUUUUGAACACCUGAAUACGGAGGAAGUUAGCAGCAUAUCCGAGCUCGAGGAAAGUAAAGAGGUAAGGCAAGGGUCAUUUUCCAUACUUACACUUUGCCCUUCUGUUUAUACAUUAUCAGCUGUGCCAUAAAAUGUAUAUGCGCUCAUAUUUUAAAAUAUAAUCUUCAUUUUUUCCUGAAAAGCCUGUGAGUAUUGAAAGCAGCAGUGUACCUACCUCCCCAUUCUAUAAACAUGGAAUAGUCUGGUGUUGUUUCAUUACUUAAUGAAGUGACACUGGCAAUGCAUCUUCACAUUGCUGAGUGCAGGCUAUGGACCAGCUUCUGUGAAAGAGCAUUUCUUCACCAGAGUGACAUUUUAGAGGACUCUGGAUGUGUGCAGGGCAGAGCACAACACAUGCCAAAACUGGGUGUGUGGUAUCAGCAUCCUAGUUGCCAUGAAGUAGCUCUGAAUCUGUUACCGUUAAUGUUCUGAAGUAAUGAAUACUCAGAUCUUAUUUAUACUGCAAUUAUACACUGCCCUGGUAAAUGGCACAGCUGACGAAACCAUUCAACUUAUCCAGGCCCAUGGUAAUCAUUAAAGUAUUCUACUUUUGAAUAUGUAGCUUACAGUAAUCAUUCUCGUUUGGAUACCUCAUUUGGACAUACUGACUGCCUGUAUCAAUUCAUAUGUUCAAGUUAGUAUCGAUGGGAUUUUUUUCCCCAUAAAUGCCAGAUGACGAUGUUUCUCUCUCUUUUCCUUCUGUUACAUUUUUUUAAAAACAAAGCCAUUGCUCAUAUUUGUCUUUCUGUGAAAACAUGAUUGUGUUUACGCAGAACAAUUUUUAAACAUAUAAAUCAGAAUUGUUAUUUCUUACUUUAACAAAUGACCAUCGUGUGCUCAGUGUGUAUAUCUCUAUAUGUCUUUGCUCAAUUGCUGUGUUUACCCUGCUUUUUCAAAUGUGUUUGUGUGAAUAACGUAUUAGAAAAUACUUUCGCAGCCAUGUUUGUGGUAUUUCCAGAACUACAAACCCAGAAGUAUUUGCGCCUUCAAUGUUAUUUCCCACCAUUCUUACUUCUCACAGGACUAAACUCAAACUGGAUCAACCAAGAGUGCAGCUCUGGUGGUUUUUAACCAGGCACAGCAACGUGUGUCAGCCAUUUUGAACAGGUUACCUCAGCAAUUCAUAUAUACAUGAUCACUGUUGAACAAAGAUUGUCUGGCAUGCAUGCUAAUCUGUAUAUUCCCCUCUUCAUCCAUUGUGAUACCAACAGAAAUAUGCACAAGCUGAUCUGCAAUUGGAGUCAUGCAACGCUCAUCCCAGCAUGAUCAGCACACUCCAACAUUCACUGUGUCUGAUGAUUUCUACAUAGCAUUUUGAUAUGUGAACUGCAUGGUCUGUGGCACUGGUUCUCAAGCUGUGAUCUGCAGGCCACCAGAGCUCCGGAAACCUCAUUCAGGUGGUCUAUGGUGUGUCCAUGAAGAACACUUGCAGUUUGAAUUCUUGUAGAAUUCUAUGGAAUUCAAAUUGCAAUACAGUAAAAUAUAAGGAAAAAAAUACAAUUUAAGAGUCAUAUAGCAUCUAGCACAGCACACUACCAUUGCUAGCACAACAGAAAGAAUAAUUAAGUAGUCAACCCAUUUUCAUGUGGUCUUGGGCCGGGUGGAAGGUUUGGUCCAGCUGUAUAGUUAGGUCUUGAAUUCUAAUGUUCCAAGCGUGCUCAAGUUUAGUAAGAGCUAGUUGUAAUUUUGAGAAAUUACAUAACCAGUCGGAAUGUGAUGAAUAUUAACAUUGCAUUUUCAUUAGUAAGCUCUUUAAUAUAAUAAACUGAUAUAUGCAUUCCUUAAGGCAUACUUCAUUAAUUUACAGUGCAUAUUUGCAUACGUCCUAGUAUGCUCAAGGAGGCUUAAUGACACGUAAGUUUGAAACAGGAUUUCCUUCGCUUUUCAUGAGUAUAAAAGCAUGACAACUCUUUUCUGUUUCAUAAUGACAUUUUUAGGGAUGAAUAGGAAUCAAAUGAGGGUGUUGUUGCUUUUGUUCCCUAAGUGCUCAUGGUGGUGUUUAAUUUAAAUUUUGAUAGAUGCAACUGGGUACUGGUGGACUUUUUUGUCCUCUUGUCUUCUGUGGAAGACUAGGAAAUACAGGGAUGGGCCAUUCUGUAACUGACAGCAGAAAAAUCUUGCCUUGGAAGUGGAUGUAGUGGCCAUACCCUAUGGUAGACUUACAUUGACAUCACCACUAACAGUAAUUUGCACUUUAUCGUGUUUCCUGUUAGGUGUUUGGGCAGUUGGGUCCUCUGGCUACAUUCCAAUCAGGUAGGGAACUUUCAGGGAUGAAGGAUCCUUCACUACCUUUCCUCUUAGCCAUGAGGAGGAGGCCUGAGGCUUGGCAAACUAACUGCUACCUCAGUGGCUGCAGCUGAAUAUGGUGAUGGCCAAGGAAGUAAUUGUGAGUGCGGCUUUCCCAUAAUGAUGUGGCUGUUGACAGUCUUUGCCAAAGGCCCUGGAAGACCCAUGAGGGGUUUUUCCAUGCCAUGCGGAGUUUAAUGAGCAGGAGGCAGUACCUCUGCUUCCAAUCCUGUUUCACUACCUGAUGUAAACUUAUUCAUUCGCUCAAGAUUUUGCUGGCAAUGAAUACUUUCCUUUCUUAACCUUUGGUUUGGUUUUACUGGUUGCUUUUUUUUACAAUUAUUGUCAUUCAAGUUUUACAUUGUGCUUUGAGAUUUUUAAAUGAAAAGUGGUAUAAAUAUAUUUUAAAGUAAUUUAUUUUUAAAGGAUGACUCUUUGUGCCAACAGAUGCCACAGGACUUGCCCCUUUUCCUGUUCUCCCCCCCACCCAUGUGAUUCCAUAAUCAGCUAUGGGGAAUCCUGGAACCCUACAGAGCAGAUUUUUGGAAUGCUGGUCAGUUGGGGGGGAAGAGAGGAAGCACUGUUGCGCAAGCAGAAAUCCAUUGCAUAGGUGAGGUGACACGGUUGGAUGUCACCCCAUACGUUUAAAAUCUAAACAUUUCAUUGUUGUGACAACCGCUCUCUCGCAAACCUUAUUUUAAGGCACAGGGUGCAAUCCCCGAAAGUAAAGCUGGUAGAGUACCUACUUGAGUUUAGCUAGCUCAUCAGAAUCUGCAGUCUUGCUGAGUUCCAUUUCUAAGUUCUGAAGAUUUAAUAAAUUCAUGUCAAAACAGAACCAGCUGGCUUCCCAAGCCAAUCCCAUGUGUGCUUCAUCAUAAAUGCUGAAUAAUAAUAAUAAUAAUAAUUUACUUAUAUCCCGCCCUCCCCAGCCGAAGCCGGGCUCAGAGCGGCUAACAACAGUAAAAGUAAUGCAACAUUCUAAAAUCAAUUCAUUCUAAAAUCAAUUCAAAAUCAAAUUAAUGGCAACCAUUGGGCUAGAGUUCUAUGAGGAUUACCAAAGGAGUGGGUCAGGCUGUGCCUUGGCCAAAGGCCUGAUGGAACAGCUCUGUCUUGCAGGCCCUGCGGAAAGAUGUCAAGUCCUGCAGGUCCCUAGUCUCUUGUGACAGAGCGUUCCACAAGAUCGGGGCCACAGCCGAAAAAGCCCUGGUUCUGGUUGAGGCCAGCCUAACCUCCCUGUGGCCCGGGACCUCCAAGAUGUUUUUGUUUGAAGACCACAAGGUCCUCUGUGGGACAUACUUUUCACUUGCUAUUUUGUGUGUCCUCUCACCAUGAACUGAUUUAACCACUAGGCAAAUUAGGCCGCUGCCUAGGGCAGCAAUAUUUUAGGUGUAGCAAAAUUAGAAGCUUAGUAAAAUUCAGAAGGGAUGCUCCUUCCUAACCACUCAUAUGGAGUGUGUCCUGCUCUUGCCAGGUGUGGCUGUCCUGUUUUCUCCCUUCCCAGGGUCAUUCUGACCGCUCUCCAUUUUGCUGCUGUCAGGGAAAGAGGAGACUAAGAUGCACCCUUCCAUGGGCUCAGAGGAUGUUGGGUAGCUGCAGCUCCUGAUUAGCACCGGUAGUAAUGUUGCUUUCACUAUUCUGCAUUGGACCAGCCUAGGAGUGGCUCAUUCCAGAUUGGCAGGCCCCACGGUUGCAUACAAGGCAGGCUGGCAGGCUGUUAUGUAACAGAAGAGGAAAAUGUAAUAUAUAUUGAUCACUUGUGAUUUUUAUAAUCCAGUUCAGAAUUACUUCACCCUGUCUCUGCUACAGCAUCUUACAAUAAAAAUGCUCUCCAUAUUAAAUGAUGAAAGCAAAUGUUCAUGUAAUUAAGAAGAAGAAGAGUUUGGAUUUGAUAUCCCGCCUUUCACUCCCCUUCAGGAGUCUCAAAGCGGCUAACAUUCUCCUUUCCCUUCCUCCCCCACAACAAACACUCUGUGAGGUGAGUGAGGCUGAGAGACUUCGAAGAAGUGUAACUGGCCCAAGGUCACCCAGCAGCUGCAUGUGGAGGAGCGGGGAAUCGAACCCGGUUCCCCAGAUUACGAGUCCACCACUCUUAACCACUACACCACACUGGCUUGAAUUGGUAUUUUCCAGUUUAGAAUAAUUAGAAGAGUAUUAAUUGCUGCUUUUGUCUUUUUUAUAAUGCUUCUUGUGUAUAAAGACCUUCACAAUAUUUACACAACAGCCUCGUGAGGUAGAUCAUUCAUAAUUUCACUUUACAGGCAGGGAACUGGAUACAAGUGUCUUGCACUUUGCCAGUUGCUUGUUCAUCUGGAACGAAUAGCAAUCUAACUGUCCUCAUAAAAUACCUGAGUAGCAAAUAACAUGAAAAUCUAUCACAGGGAUAAUUUGUGCUCGUAAAUCUUUCUGCUAUCUUAGGGUUGCCAUAUGCCUGGAAUUUUCCUGACAUAGCUGGAAUAUGCCAAUCGGAAGCAGUGUCUGGGUGCAAAUCGCUGAAAUGCUGAAUUUCCUGAAAAAUAGCUUUUGUGUCCGGAUUUUCACUUUUUGAAAUAUGGCAACCCUGUGCUAUCUGCAGCAGACUGAAACUAAAACAGAAAAAUCCAAGCUAGCAUUUGUAGGUACAGUCAAUAAGUAUUUUUUCACCUUUCAUUUGACAUAAGUUUUAAAGUGAAUUGGACCGACAGAGGUUCUGUUCCAUCCAUUUUUCCAAGCAGCUCCCAAAACGAUGACCUUCCUCCACUUGAGUUUGAUGGACUUAGGCUACAUUGAUCAGGAUACCUUCAUGAGAAUGAAAAACCACGAAUUAUUUUUGUGACAAUUACUUUCCCAAUGAUUAGCUUUGAUGGAAGGAGAAUUGGCAACAUAUUAGUAUGGGCGGGGGCUGGAGUGUGCUUGUGACUGGUCCAUCUCUGAGUAAUUAUUUACAUGGUUGGUUAUACACACCCAUUGGGUCCAUGGCAGCACCAUACUUAACACCAUAUUAGGAUAAAUAUCUAGAUUGUCAAUAAGAUUAUCACUUUCAGGAAAAUAUUUGCUUUUCUUAAAAAUGAUUAGGAACAGUUCCUUUAAACAUCUUAAAUAAGUUUUUUAAUAAUUGGAAUAAAAGUUUGAAAAUCACGGAAAGGUGUACAUCAUCCCUGAAUCAUGUAAUUCAGAAUGCAAUAACUGUGAUUAGAAUCGCCCUGUAUUGUUUUAACUGUGCUUUCAUCAUUCCCCACAUUCAUCCAGCUGUUGGUGCCAUUUCUGAUGUUAUAUACUGUAUGGUAAUAACAUUGUAUCAGGCCAGAGAAUGCCAUAAUCACAACUACUUUGGUUAAUUCUGAUACUCAGACCUAUCGUGGGUCAUGCUGUUUAUUUUGGCCCUGCCUUAAAUUCCACUGCAUAUUUGAUCUCGAUGAUCAGGUUCGAAGGAUGCCAAACCAAUUGCAAUCACAACCUAAGAUGAGAGUUCUCUAGCACCUGAAUCGAUAAUUCUCUGAAUACUUCUAAGAGUUGGUCUGAGUACCAGAGUAACAAAGAGUUUAAAAAUGCAUAGAAACCAACACAUCUAUGCACUUGCAAGAGAGAAUGCAAAAUAAAGGCUGUGGGAAUGAAAUAAAUAUGUUUCUUUCAUUGUUGACAUUUCCUUUUUUUUUUUUUUAAAAAAAAGGAGUUUGGGGGUGAAAUGGUAUUCUGUGAUUAUCUGUUGUCUGGUGAACUCCAGUUUACUGCACCAUAUCCAAUAUUGUUCUGGAGGGUCCCCCACCCACCAGGAGCUGUUUUUCAGGGAAAGAGGGAAUGGAUAGGGAAGAUAGUCAAAAAUUGGUUGCCAUGCUUUGCAGAAGUGCUUGAUGCUAGCAUAGAGCCACCCCUAGAUAAAACUCAAUCUUUGUGGAGGUGGCGGGGAAUCAAUCAUUGGUAUCGUUCACGUCCAAAUUGAGAGCAAUUUGGGUCAUGCUGCUGAUUUCAACUUUUUUUGGGCGGGGGUGGUUCCUGUCUGUGGUGCAAGCUUGAAUUUAGCAUUAUAAAUAAUAUUGAUAGAUAAAGCUGUUUAGCAGUAUUUUUUUUCUGCCGAUCAACUAAUGUCAGUUAAGUCAGAACUACUAUGACAAAAUUGUUCUUUUUUGAAAAGAACAAUUUUAAGAGCAGCAGAAAAAAAUGCACCCUCUAUACAUUUAUUGAUAAAUUAUACAGAUUGACACCAGAUAAUUUGGGGGGGGGGGGAUAUUCUUACCAUCAUUGCCCAAAAAGCAUUUGAAAUUUCCUUUGGUAAGUAACAAUGCACAGCUGCAUAUGGGUAUGUUUAGAUGUUCUAAGGCACUUGAACCGUAAUCAGGUGUUGCAAUUUCCACCCGGUGGUUGCAGAGUAUGGCUGUGUGCUCUGUCCCCACCUGCACUGCCCCCAAACACUGGCUGCAUCCCUGACUUCCCAUGCUGAUCAGGAAAGUCUGAAGGAAACAGGGGGCAUGUCUAAGUUCAUUUGGUUGUGUGCAUUUGGAAGCCUCUCCUAUUGGAAGUCCUGUAUUAUCAGGGUUCCCAGUCACAGGGAGGCUUCUCGGAACAUUAAUUUAAACUUAUGAAAACCCUUCAGGGCUUCCCACUCAACACAGAAAGCUGGGAGGUAGAGUGGACAUACAGAUGGGCUGGCAUGUAAAGGUCCCGUAAUCUGAAGUAGGCUUUUGUGAACACAGCUUUGCUUUUCUGGAACUCUGAUUUGAGAUGUGUGAACAUACUCCUGUGCAUGCCCAGUCACAUUAACCUCAGCUCAGAAUCCAAUACAUACUGCUUUUUAAAAAAAUGCAUUGUGUGAUCUUUCUUACAGAAAUUAAGUAUUUCCAGCACCACUGAAGGCAGCACAAUUGAUGUUGCUCCCCUGGGAGAGGAGGAAGCGGAAGAUGCAGCAGAAGACCCAUCACAACCAAAGGCUUGCUUUACAGAAGGUAUCAAGGGCAGCAAACCUAACAGUGGGGAUUGCAUGCAGGACAAAAAUAUGUAUUUGGGAAUUGCUGUAUCCUGUGAGUAUGUGAGGAAGCAGGGGGGAGAUGUUCAGCCAAAUGACUUUAUGCUUAUGACAAAGUGGGUUGUGGCUCAUGGAAGCUUAUGACACAAUAAAUGUGCUGGUCUUAUUGGUGCCACAGAUCUCUCUGUUUCUUUUGCUACAACAGACUUAACAUAGCUAUUCCCACUGGGAUUUUUCCUUGAGGAAAUGCUAUUUUAAACACAGUUGCUACUUAGAGUAAUGAAGCUGUUUUAAAUUUACGUUGUGUGAGUCAGUUUAGCAAACAAAUGUAGGGAUGGCAGAAUGUCUGGCACCAGCAAUAUGUCUCUGGGUUGUAUUCAGCAUAGCGCUACGGCUAAGGUUCCAUCAGGCAACAAUUUUUCCUGCAGGAUUGAAACUUCACCUCUUCCCCAACCCUGCACAAUUGUUCUGGGCUUUCCAUAAAUCAUAAAAUUGGCUAACAGCUAUCCAAUCCAUAUAUUGCCAGGAGGAUUUUUUCUCUCUUUUAAGUCAUUUCUUUAAAUGAGCAUUUGUGGUGAAACAUAUCAGAUUAAUGGCAGACUAUCAAUCUGUUACAGUGACGUUUCUCCCUUUGGAGUUGGGAAUCAAUAUGUUGGCCUGUUCCUUGAGGAAGGACGUCAAGUCUGUGCACUGCUCCAGAUUGUCAGUUGGGGGAAAAAAUCCAUCCCUUUGAAAUUGGAGUCUAGAAUAAGUUUGCUGACUUUGUCCCAGAGGAUUUCCUACUCUUCAGGAUGCAGUUAGCAAAUUGUUUCCUGCUUCCAGACUCCAUAGGAAGAUCCUUUCCAUUGAUCCAUUUUCGUCCUGUCAUUAAGCAGAAUGGUAGAGAGUCCUGAGGGUACUGUUUCUUUGUCUGAGAAAAGAGAAAGUAGAAACAGUACCAAAGGUUUCCUUAAAAAGAGGUAUUAAGCCAGAGCGUUGCUAGGUACAGACCUCUGGUGACAAAUUAGCAAAAAAUAAAUAAAAUUGCAUAUGCCAUUUUAUAUGUAUAGAUGCAAAUUUAGACUGACUUUCAGAGGUAGUAGUAACAAUAAUGUGAGGGGAAUAAUGCAUGCUGUCACAUAACACUGGACAUUAUGAGUGAUCCAAUAAGGUCAGAAACCAUGGUUUCCCACUAUGAGAAUGAACCAUGGAGAGCCUCAGGCUUGCAGACUCCUCCUUCCCACAUCUCUCCCGUCUGCAAGGAGGCCAGAAGCUCUUAAACAAAACAUGACUCCCAUUAUGCUGGAACUCAGAAACUGUGGUUUGUAUUAAGACUAGUUAGAAAAAAGUCAAUCUGAAGCCACAGUUUGAUGCUGACUUUCCCCUGCUGCCUAGAGUUAAAGCAAACCACAGCUCCCUGCUUUUGUUGCACUAGAAACUAAGGUUUGCUUAAAAGCGGAAGCAAAUCUUCAUUAUGAAAGAGUUCUAGCAGUAGUUCUAGCGUUAGUUCAUUCAUAUAGCAGAAAAUCAUGUUUUUCUGAUUACAUCUUAACUUUAGCUCUGUACUCAUUAUACUUGUGGAAACACAUUCCCCGCAACAGUCAUAUUUGCAAGGGUGAAAUAGGAGAAUCACAUUUUUCAGGAACAAAAUACUGCAAUUGGUGUUCUGGGGAAAUGCAACAGAGGAGGAGGAAGAUGUAAUUCCCUGAUAAUGUAUCUCUGUACAUAUAUGAAAUCAGGUUCUCAGAGCAAGAAACCGAACUUAUUAUGUUUGUUAUUCCAUAAUACACAUAAAAUACAGAAUGCCAUACACAUUGAUGAUGCUACAUUAAUAAUCACCAUCAUUGUGCACAAUGAAUUUAGAAAUACUGUUGUAUAAUGUUUAAUUAGAUAAAUGAAUCUGGCAACAGUAAAGACAAAAGAGCAGAAACUAAUAGUUUGUGUCUUAGCACCUCAAAGACCUGUGUUGGUGGUUGAUUUUAUAGCCUCCAUCAAAUUCAUACAUUAGUUUCUACAGCACCACAAAACAUUUUGUUUCCAUAAACAUACCUUCGAUUGCAUAUUUCAGUACUGUUCAUUUACAACAAUGGCUUCAGGACAUGAGAAACUCAUGAGGCUGGAUCCAGAGAACUAUGAGCAGAACUAUGAAUGGAAAGGCGGUGGGGUGGGGGGGAGUCACACCCUUGUGGCUAACAGAAGUCUCUUCUAGAGAGUUGGGGUGCCUUUGGGGAAACUGUGGGAGGUGGCACGUGAGGCUGUAGGGAGAAAUGAAGAUCUAUGAGGAUUUCCUUCCAUUUGCAGAAGGGCAACUCAGGGCCCAAUCCAUAUCCUGGAGUUUGCCUAAAUAUUUUACUUCAUUUUAUUUUACUUUGAUCAUUUCAUCCACCAAAUAUUCUGAUUCCAGGCUGUGUACGGAGAUUCAAAUGCUGUCAGGUCAGCAUAGAAUCUGGAAAGGGCAAAUUAUGGUGGAACCUUCGCAAAACCUGCUAUAAGAUAGUGGAACACAACUGGUUUGAAACCUUCAUUGUCUUCAUGAUCAUUCUCAGCAGUGGUGCUUUGGUAAGUGGAAUAUAGAUCAUUAUGUUGUAGAACGGAGUAUAUUAAUUAACUGGGAUGGAAGGAAUUGUCCCAAUUUGUACACAAAUGAAUUUAUUUUGGGGUGGUCUUCUAUUCCCUUCUAGUUAUAUGACUUUUUUAACAUAUAUUUCUCCCUUUGAAAUCCAAGUAGCUAUUCGUUAAGAUUCUCUUAAAGUCACAGUUGGGUUUGUCUCUUACCAUGCUACCAUUUUAGUUUCAUUUCCUAAUCCUGACCUUCUCACUUAAAACAAGUUGUGGGAAUGUGUCCCUCUAGAUCAGCCUUUCUCAACCUGUGGGUCCCCAGAUGUUGUUGAACUACAACUCCCAUCAGCCCUAGCUAGGAAGGCCAGAGCUCAGGGAUGAUGGGAGUUGUAGUCCAACAACAUCUGGGGACCCACAGGUUGAGAACCACUGCUCUAGAUGGACUACAACUUCCAUCAUUCCUGACCUUUGGUCAUGCUGUGUGGGACUGAUGAGAGCUGGGAGUCCAACAUCUGGAGGGCUAUAGGUUCUACAUUCCUGCUUUAGUUUUCAAGCAUUUUUUGGAUAAACUCCUAAUUCCUUCCCAUGAAUUAUACUGCAUUAUGCCGUAUUUUGGGUGUUGGAUUGCUAGUUUUAAUGAAACAGAAUUACAUUUCAUUUUGAUUUUAUUUAUUUUUUGAUGUUGUUUGUUGCAUUUUGAUGUAUUGGGAAUAAUUUUAUUCUUGAGAGGCUAUGUUGAAAUCAAUUAAAUAAAAUAGCAGGAACUUCUGUAAGUGUAUUUUAAAGAGUAUUGGUAGCCUCUAGAUGUCUUAUAACUUGUCAAACCAAUUUGGUUCAGGUACGUGUUUUCAUAAUGUGUAGAUUCUGCAUUUCAAGCAAAUGUUAGAAAAUCUUCCAGUGGAAUAGCAAGUCACAAGUGUCCAAAAUGUAAUUGAGAUGUACAUAAAUAUAAAGCAUAGCCUUUAAAAAUAUCAGGCACAGCAGAAUGAGUGACAUUUUGUCUCUCCAUGCCCCCCCCCCCAGCCAAUAUGACCUUAUUUGUAGUAGCGUUUUCCUUCAUAGGCUUUUGAAGAUAUAUAUAUAGAACAGCGCAGGACUAUCAAGAUCGUACUUGAAUAUGCAGAUAAGAUCUUCACAUACGUCUUCAUUCUGGAAAUGCUUCUGAAGUGGGUAGCUUAUGGGUUUCAAGCCUAUUUCACAAAUGCCUGGUGCUGGCUCGAUUUCCUGAUAGUUGAUGUAAGUACUUCCUUUGCCUAGCAGCUUUGUACAUUGAAUUGUUGGUGAGCCAUGCUUUCAUCAUAAUGCAUCAUAAUAUUUAAAGUGGGCUAGUUUGGCUCAGUUACGCAUCGCAGUCAGAGCAAGAUGCAUUUUUGUACUCCCAGUCACCUUCACCGGUUUAGGUCUCUUACCUAGUGGGUGUUUGCUUCAGCGACCUAACACAUAGUACCUAUGGGAAGGAACUGGUAAUAGAAGUCCCUUGCUUUUUAUUCAGGUGUGUUCUGUAGAUAUAGGGAUUUGUUCAGGUCUCUCAUGAACUGGGCUACAACACUUUGCCCUCUGUUUGUGCUCAGUGCCCUUUCUACAGCGUUACCCACAGUUAUCAAUUUCUCUUCCCAUGUGUUCUUGCGUACUCAUGACUGCCUAGAUGUGGGGAUGUGGCAGCGUUGUAGUGCUGUGCCAUGUGACUUUAUGUGUUCAUAAUCUUCUUCUAUAUCUCACGUAAGCUUGAUUCUGUGCUAUGUUUGGCUACUGGGAUAGUCAGGAACCUGGCCUCCAGCAUGCCUGGAUGCAGAUUGGUGGUCUUGUGGUUAGUAGCGGGGCUCAUUCUGUACCCAUUACUGAAUUGUUUGUCAUUUACAGUAUAGGUGGGUAAUUCAGGGAGGUGAAUAACAGUAAGAUAAUUCAGACUUUAGGUGCAUCAGUUGCUGGAACACUGUCCUGUGAUGGUGCAAGACCCAUAUGGAGUGAAUUUUGAAAAGCACCAUAUCUGAGGGCACCGUAUCUAAGGGCAGGAACCUUACUAAGCAGACCUAGGUCUCCUCAAAGACAACCUGGGAAACCCAUUUCACUGCCCUAAGUUCACCCUGGGGAAAAAGGCAGCAUAUACAUGUGGGUAGGUAGGUAGGUGGAAACAGAAAUAGCUUGCCCAGCAGUGGCUGCAACAACAGCCUCCCAUCAGCAAUUUUGCUGCCACUUAAUGGGAAAGGAAGGGACAGGGAGACAGAGAGCACAGGGUUGUGUGGGCAAGCUAGCGAUGGCAAUGUGAUGGUUCUGCCAGUGCAUCCACACAGCCCUAACCUUGCAACCACCUCAUCUGUCCCCCUCUUAGUCUGUGGAGGUAUUGCCGCUGUUGGCAGGCUAUUGUUGUGACUCCAUCCCACCAGGCGAGCUGUUCCUGGGGAGGAAGGAAGGAACAUUCAUCUCUGUUUACUUGGCGUAAUGCAGGUUCGCCUUCUGGUUUAAGUUUGUAAUCGAGCUGAUAUUUGUAUUCUGUUUGCUGUUGUUAAAAAGAUAUAAUUUAUACUUUUUCAAUAAUUCUGUAACUGUUGUCGUUUCUGAAUAGGUUUCUAUAGUGAGUCUAAUAGCCAAUGCCUUGAACUUUUCCGAACUUGGUCCCAUUAAAUCGCUUCGGACACUGAGAGCCUUGAGACCUCUGAGAGCAUUAUCGCGAUUUGAAGGAAUGAGGGUGAGCAAGACAACAUUAAAUAACAAUUGAGGGACUCGUGGUCAGAAACAGCAAGCGGUAUCUCUGUUUCUUAAUGUAAGGGUAUCAGUGCUGUUUUAGUUUGCAGUUGCUGGCAGGAACAUUGCUUUCAACCAGGGAUGGGGCUUUGAGGAUAACCAUAAUGCCCCAAAAGGAGUCAGUGGGAUGUGUUGUGAGCCACUUUGUGGUCUCUUGAUAAAGAGUGGUAUAGACAUUUAAUUAUAGUAAACAUUACAUCCAAGGCGAGCAUAACUUGACUUGGGGAGAACGUUUUGUGUGUGUGGCAUCCACACGGAAAAUUGUUGUUACUAUGAUUCACUUUUAUCCCAUCCUUUUCCAAGGACCUCAGGACUGUGUACAUGGUUCUCCCUUCUGUUUAUCAUCCCAGCAGCCCUGCCAAGUAGCUUAGACUGAGAGAGGAAAUUCCCCCAGUAGGCUUUGUGAAUGAGUGGGGCGGUCUCAGUACCAAAACACUAACUGAAAACCAGUCCCACCCAAAAUUGACUAGAGCUGGUCAGAGACCACCCACUCAAGAAUCUUUCCCAGAAAGGGGGCAUUUGCAAUCAUUCUAUAGUUGUUCAGAUCUUUGAGCUCCAGGGAGAAUUUCUGAAGGAGUGGUCUUACUGCUGCCUCUUCCAGGCAGCCCAAUACCAUUCCCUCUUGGAGUGAGGCCUUCUCCUUCCAUCACCAGCCAUGAGGGUCAAGGGUCAAGGAAUGCAAAUGGUCACCUGCACCCACCCAGGUACCCUGCCAACAUACGCAGGCUGUGGUAAUGAAACUCAUUCAACAAAACUGAACGACACAGCAUUCUGGACACCCCUUGAGAUUGACCUGCUACAACAGUGGAGUCAAGGUCCAAGCAGAUUGCAAGCAAAUCACAGCAGGCCACAACCUCCUUUGGGCCAGUAUGUAAGAGAACUUGCUCCAUGCAAUAAAACUGAAAUACAUGGUAUAUAGAGGAUGCACUGGAGGCAGCGAAUUCAGCCAGUGUGGUGUUAAGAGCGGUAGUCUCGUAAUCUGGGGAAGCGGGUUCGCGUCUCCGCUCCUCCACUUGCAGCUGCUGGGUGACCUUGGGCUAGUCACACUUCUUUGAAGUCUCUCAGCCCCACUCACCUCACAGAGUGUUUGUUGUGGGGGAGGAAGGGAAAGGAGAAUGUUAGCCGCUUUGAGACUCCUUCGGGUAGUGAUAAAGCGGGAUAUCAAAUCCAAACUCUUCUUUUCUUCUUCUUUGGUGCCUUCACCACCACUGAGUAGGCUCGAUAACAAGCACAUACAUAUCUUCAGUCAUAUUCACCAGGAGUUUUUCUGCACUUGCAUUCUAGCUGCCCCCCCCCCAAUACAGGUGUCCCAGACAAUAGCCUCUUACCCAAUCUCCUUCUUUUGGUUAUAACCCAGGUGAAUAUCAUCCCUUCCCACCCACUCUGCAAUAAGCUUAUAUCUCCGCCUGUAAGAGAUUAGCUCUCCUGUUAUAUUCACAGCCUUCUGUUCUCAUUUGUUCUCGAAUACAUUAUUAAGCACAUAAUAGGAUCCCACUUUCCCUUCCUCAUUUUUUCUAGAGGAAUAUAUUUAUUUAGAUAGUUAUUUGAACAUGCAAUAUUCACAUUACCUUUUAUAUUAGACUUAAAUAAUUAUUAGGGCAGCAACAACAAUCUUCCUUUAAAAAAUAUUUUUAAAUGCAAAGUGACAAUAUCGUCUUAGAAAGACGUGGUCUUCUGUGACGUAAGUGUGUAUCGUCACAGAGCCAGAAGAUGACUCAUUCCAUCUUAGAAAAGGGAUUAUGCCUUGGGGGAAAGAGGUGUGGGGAGGGGUUUGCCAAGGGCAGCUGUUCUUGGUGGAUUCAGCAGCAAUAAACAUGCUUUGGAUAAAGGCUGCAAGUUUUAUACAUGUAAAGCAAGAAUAAAGCAUGAAAUGCACAUAGACAGCCUGCUUCUGAGCAUAAUGCACAGAACUCGCCUGCAUAAAGCACAUUAAAGCAUGAUUUGUGCAAUAAGACCACAUCAUCCUAACUAACUAGACUAAGGCAUAAGGCCUUAUCACUGGGUAGGGUUAAACAUAAUAAGGCAUAAGGCAGGAGCCCACUGCUUUCGCUGGAGUUACUAAGAGCCUCCAGUACAGCGACAGACAUGGCCUCUUAACAGCCAUGAUGGUAAUGGUUUAGAAACUUUCCCCCAGAACUGUGGUUUUUAUUUAAAUGCAGAUUUAUGUUAAUCAAACUGAUCAGUUGAUUAAAAUGCUUCAGCCAGUUGACUGGGAUUUAAUUGGAGUUUACUAUUAAGUAUCUGAUAAAAUCUAACACCAGCAUCAGAAUCUACCUAAAUACUUUUCCCAACAUCAAAUCUUUUGCAGCCGUUUCAAUAACUUCUGUUCACUUCUUUUGUCGUUUUGUCUAGGUGGUUGUGAAUGCUCUGGUAGGAGCCAUACCCUCCAUCAUGAACGUGCUUCUCGUUUGCCUUAUAUUCUGGCUAAUUUUCAGCAUCAUGGGUGUCAAUAUGUUUGCUGGCACGUUCUACUUUUGCAUGAAUAAUACAGAUCAGAAAAUGAUUUCAUAUGAAAUAGUUCAGAAUAAAUCAGUUUGUGAAAGUAUGCCAAAUGUAUCCAGAUGGACAAAUGUUAAAGUAAACUAUGAUAAUGUGGGAGCCGGAUACCUUUCUCUACUUCAGGUUGUAAGUAAUCCCCUAUUAAAUACUGGUAAUAACUUCCAUUGGCAGUAGGUUGGAUGUCAGUUUUGUCGGGUGGAAUCCCAUUGGUGUCCUUCCGCUCAUAGAAGGACGCCUGCUAUGAAGGGAGGGGGAGGCAAUCUUUCCCAGUUUCUUCCUACAGCUGUGCAUGUGUGCUAAAAUGGUCACCUGUAUAUGCAAGAGUUUUAAGCUCUGCUUUGGAAAAUGUGCACCAUAUUCUCAUCUAUUAGAACUUAGAUCGUGGAUAGCUUUUAACAUAUUGCCUCUUUAUAGGCCACCUUUAAAGGAUGGAUGGAGAUAAUGUAUGCUGCUGUGGAUUCCACAGGUGUAAGUACAUGAUGGUGUAUCUUUUUCUUUCUCAAAUGCUGAUUAUAAGUGUGUAUGUGUUUUAAAGCGCUUACUAUCAUAUUUAUACUCUUAACAAUGAGAAUAGUCUUGUCUUUCCAAUUUGUUUUUAAAAACAUCAUCCCCCCCAAAAAAUUGGGCAUCUUGUCUAAGAUUUGGUACUUGGCAAGUAGGGGAAUAUUCUGGAAGUGGAAAUUGCUUUCCUAAGGACCAAAGAGCAUGAAGUUAACCUUUUACUCUUAAGUCUGUUUUUUGCCUUGGUUAGCCCCAAAUCUGGGAACAAUUCAGGGUAUCCUACUAAAGGGGUCCAAGGUUUGGGUUCUGUCCGAAAGCUCAGAUGGGGGCCAACAUGCCAUAGGACAUCCCUAAAUGGCAUCCUGGUGGGAUUUCUCCAUUAGAUCUGCAUAAAUCCCUUCACCAGGAUUAAGCCUGAUGGUGAUAUCAGCCAGCAAUCGGGUUUGCUGUUACGGGGCACAGACUCAAUGCCAAUGCCAAAUCCAGUUUACAUCUGCUGUCAAUAAAAUUGUGGCCAUUUUCAUCCCAAGAUAGUCUUAUGUCUUUCUUACUAUAUUUACAGUGUUAGUUCCCACCCCGCUCUCAUUAAUUGCCAGUCCACCCACAAAUUAACCCUUUACCUUAAGUCUGUUGGUUAGGAAAGUGAUUAGCAGCUCUGCCUCCUGUUUGACCUUACUUUCCCUUUUAUUUUCUCCCUCACUUAAGUCCUUGUUUCUAUUCUCUUCCCCCCUGCCUCUCUUUAGUGACAGCUAAGGGAAAGUGGGAGCAAGCACUCAUGCACUAGAGGCCCAGACCUGGGAACAUAAGAGGCUGCAAAGACCAUUAGUUCAUCUGGAUCAGUAUUAGAAGCAGCCCUCCAAUAUUUCAGACUGGGGUCUUCCAGCCCUACAUAGAGAUGUCAGGGAUUCAAUUCCUACUGUACCAUUAACUCUUAGAAACAAAUGUAUCCCUAGUUUAAAUUGCCAGUAAAACAUGGGAAUAAACUAAUCCCAACUGUGGUUCUCAGGAAGCAAUUGCAAGACCAAGGCCAUUCUGUAGAACGUUUUUCAGUAUCUAUAAGGGAACAUUGGGUUUUUUUUAAAUAUGCUCUAGUUUUGUGAACUGGCCUUAUGUAUUUUCUACAGACAUCUAUAUGCUUGUUCUUAUUUCCUUGGUAUUGGUGUUUAAGCAAGCACCUACUUGUUUUUAGAAGAUAAUCUAUGCAGCCCAUUGGGUACUGAUCUAUUUUUAUGUUUCCUUGCAUUAUAGUUGGAUAAACAGCCCAAAUAUGAGGCCAACCUGUACAUGUAUCUUUACUUCGUCAUCUUCAUCAUUUUUGGUUCAUUCUUCACCUUGAAUCUUUUCAUUGGUGUCAUCAUUGAUAAUUUCAACCAGCAAAAAAAGAAGAUAAGUGUCCAGAUUAUUCAUUUCUACUUCACACAGUGAGCUGUGUUUCACAGAAAAUACAGUGGUACCUCGGGUUACAUACGCUUCAGGUUACAUACGCUUCAGGUUACAGACGCUUCAGGUUACAGACUCCGCUAACCCAGAAAUAGUAUCUCGGGUUAAGAACUUUGCUUCAGGAUGAGAACAGAAAUCGUGCUCCGGCGGCGCGGCAGCAGCGAAGACCCCAUUAGCUAAAGUGGUGCUUCAGGUUAAGAACAGUUUCAGGUUAAGAAGGGACCUCCGGAAUGAAUUAAGUACUUAACCCGAUGUACCACUGCAUUCAGAAUGUCAUAGUUGCCUACCAUUCCAGAAUCAGCACUAUGUUUUCUUACUGCCAUAGCAUUUGGAGGUGCUUAUACAGUACGACUGGUGUGUUACUUAAUUUACACCAAUAUUCAGUUUUCUGAAUGGUCAGCUGAACUUUUUGUUACAGCAUAAAACCUGAUUGGCAAGUUUGCAAUGAGACAUUUGCCCUUUUCCAGCAUCUCUUACAAAUGGAUAAACGAGCGUAAGCCAUAAGGCAAAUGGAGUGCCUGCGUGCACCUCACGUUGUCCAUUAGCAACAACAAACACUGCUUUAGAACUUGACCAGGUUAUUGAAUUUGGAAGGAAAAAGAGAGAGAGAGUUGGGUGUCAUCAGGAUAUUGGUGAUCUCAAAACCCCGACAUCCUCCCCCUGUGGUUUUGUGUAGAUACAGCUUGGGGAAGAAGAUGGAACCCUGAGAGACACCAUAGACCAAAGGCCAAGGUAUCAAACAGGAGUCCCCUAGCACCUCCUUCUGAAACUGCCCCUCCAAGAAGGUCCAGAAUCACUGUAAAACUGUGUCUCCCAUUCCCACCAUAAGGUCUAGAAGGAUAGCGUGACUGGUGGUAUCAAAAGUAAUAGAGAGGACCAGCAGAACCAACAGGAACACACUCCCCAUUGUCCUACAUAGAUAAUCCAUCCAGGUGACCAAGGCAGUCUCCAUUUCAUAACUAUACCUGAAGCUUGACUGACUUGGCUGUAGAUAAUUUUCCUCAUCCAGGAAUACCUGGAGCUGAGGUGCCACAACUUACUCAAGCCCUUUGCCCCCAAAUGGGCAAAGAGCUUCACAUUCUGGUGUGUAUGGGGAGAAGGGAUAGGAACUCCAAGUGUACAUCAGAGCAUCAUGGCUCUGAAGUUGAUAAGUUAGUUACGGAUAUGUAUGAUUUUUAAUGGAUCUCGUUGUUCUCCAUUCAGUCCUUCCCUCCCAAAAAACCACCACUAUAUUUCCUUUGGGAGCAUCGGGGAUUCCAUUUCUUGAAUAGAAGGAAUUUCAUUGGAACGAGUUUUUCUCUGACAGAAACUCUUUCCUUCUAAGGAAGCUGCUUCCAUCUCAGGAAGAGGGAAUCUUUUGAUCCAAUCCAAACUGUUGAUAGAAUUACUAUUCCUUCUGCUGGAGGUCAAGUGAUACAACAGCAGUGCAAUUAAAUCAACAUUCUGCACUGUAUGCAAGCUGUCAGUAUCCUCUAAUACAAUUUGCAGUGGCCUAUGGAAGAUGAAAAUAAAUUAAAUUGAAACGUAAAGCGUAUGUACCAAAAACCACCACUAAGCAAGUACCAGAAGUAAUUCAAUUCAAGAAGGAGUUAAAUGAAGCCAAUAAACGGCUUCGUUCGAGGAUAUUCCAUUACUUAGGGAACAAAGGGUAUUCAUCAAAUAAUGAUCCGCAUCAAAUAUUUUCAUUUUCCUCUUUAAAACAAAACCUACAUGAAUGCAAAAUAAUCCCUACACUGGUAGACUGGGCAGGUGAAUGUUGCAGGGUUAAUCUUUAUGGAUGGAAUAAAAUGCCGAUGUUCCAUCUACAUGAGCAUAUCAGCUUUUGAGACAGAAGGAUGCAUCCCCCUUUCCUCCCAUAGUCCGUUCUGGGAGUUUAAGAAGGCACCCCAGAGCCAAUUUGAGGGGCACAGGGAGAGGGGCGGAAACCCCAUAGUGCUAGCAGAAGUCCUUACACAGAGUUUCCACACAGGGCUUGUUAGGUGAAUCCUGCCCAAAGUUUUGUGGUUAAAAUAUACCCAUGAAGAAGUCAUGCGCUUGCACAUCUACUUGAAAUAAAUGGGGUUUACCCAUUUAUAUAUGUAUUAAAAAUGUUUUUGUAUCGCUGUGUCAUAAAAUAUCAGUGUUGGUGUACAACAAAUAAACAUAAAGCACUAUUUUAAAAAGUCAAAUAAUCAUUAAAGUCUUCAAGAAAUGCACGAAAGUCAAAAGUGAAGGGGCCUGCCAUAUCUCUGAUGAAAGAGUGUUCCAUAGCAUGUGGCCAGCUACACUAAAUUCCUGGCUUCUGUUUGAAGCCAGUUGGGCCUCUGCAAGAUGAGGUACAACAGGCAGCACUCCUGCGGAUGAUCUCUGUGAUCAAGCUCAGGGUGUUAGGGCUCAAGGUCCUUAAGGUAUCCUGGAUCCAAGUUGUUCAGGGUUUUGUGUAUUAAUGUAAGAACCUUGAAACUUGAAGCUGGCCCAUGAGCACAUGGGCAGUCAGUGCAGAUGUUUUAGCAGAUGUGUCACAGGCUGUCUGGCAUCUGCUCCCAUCAGCAGUUUUCACCUGCUGGAGCUUCCAGGGCAGCCCCACAUAGAGCACAUUGCAGUAAUCCAGCCUCAAGGUUAUCAACACAUGGAGUACAGUGACCAAGUGUAUACUCAUGAGUCUAGAGUUAUGGUUGUAACCAGUGGUUUUUUUAAUUCCUUUACUUAGGAGGACAAGACAUUUUUCUGACAGAAGAACAGAAGAAAUAUUACAAUGCAAUGAAAAAGCUGGGGUCCAAGAAACCGCAGAAACCCAUACCCAGGCCAGCAGUAAGAAUGUCUUGUAUCUUUUUUUAAAUUUUUUUAAGCAUUAAUCAGACAAAAGCUUUCACUGAAGUUUAAAAAGCAAGUUCACCGAGAAAAACAGCUUUCCCUUGCCCAUGAAAUGACCUCACACCCUUUUGUUGUCUUACUUCUCUCUGUCUUGUUUCUGCAGAAUAAAUUCCAAGGCUUUGUUUUUGAUUUCGUAACCAAGCAAGCCUUUGACAUCGGGAUCAUGGUUCUCAUCUGUCUCAACAUGAUCACCAUGAUGGUAGAAACAGAUAACCAGGACCCCUCUGUGGAAGACACUUUGUACUGGAUCAAUGUGAUUUUCAUCAUCCUUUUCACUGGGGAGUUUCUCCUGAAAUUGAUUGCACUCCGCUAUUAUUAUUUCACUAUUGGUUGGAAUAUAUUUGAUUUUGUGGUCGUCAUUAUCUCUAUUAUAGGUAAGAAAUAUUUGGGGCUCAAAGGAUGGAUAUAAGUGAAGAAAAGGGUCAGCUAAAGAAAGUAUUUUGGAGAUUUGGCAUAAACUGUUGUAAACGCUGCUGGUACCCACUUAAUUCCCUUUUUUUCCACUUGAGACUACGAAGUCUACAUUGCAGCAUGCAUGGCGAAUUGUUUUAACAUUGUACUGCAUCAGAAAUGACACAGAGGUCUUUUAUAAGUACUUGAGGCUUUGUAGAUGCAGGGGAUUCAAUUUAGUGGGGUCAGAAAUGGUAUGAAGAAAAACCUAUGUCAAUUCAUCUCAUGACACGUCAGGGGCACCCAAUGAAAUUGAUUGGCAGCAGGGUCAGAAUGGGCAAAAUAAAAACACUUCUUCAUACAGUUAACAAUUAACUUUGUUCCUGUAAGGUGCAGUGAUAACCACCAGGUCAGGCAGCUUUCAAAAAUGAGUAUUAUUUCAUAAAUCACUAUUAUUUAUAUCCCACUUUUCAGGAUAUAAAACCUUCCAAGGUGGCUUACAAGGCCUUCCUCUGUUUGUGGAGGGGACUUUGAGUUCCUACUGGCAGAAAUAGGAGACCAUGUUUGUCUGUUCCCCUGCAGUUCCCCUGCCUUACAGGUCUGAAGGUUCCCUCACCCUUCCAGAGCAGAUGUUCAGUGGCCACAGGGGACAAUUUCAGCAAAAUUACCUAUACCCCCUUCAUCUAGCAUGGACAUCCUGUGAGCAGGAUAGAAUUUUUGAAUCCAUCCCAUAGUAUACACAGAGAAAAUUAAUUAUCCCAGUGACAGCAGGAGCUGUAGACAUCCCAAUGUCAGCCUAGCCUAGCAUUCUCUCCUUGACCUUUCACAAGACAGUUGAGUCAGAAAAUAACCACAAUAUGUGAACUAAAGCCAAUUCCAGGUAAAAAACAACAACAUGGGGAUAGUGAUUUGCCAUUUCCACCUCACACUGCAGCCCCUGAUUGAAAAUGAUGUGAUUGUGUAUUACAUUAAUAUGUAAUAUUAUAAAAUGGUUUGCCCUAUUUUUUAAAACAGGUCUUUUCCUGUCCAAACUCAUUGAAAAAUACUUUGUGUCGCCCACUUUGUUCCGAGUGAUCCGACUUGCCAGGAUAGGUCGCAUCCUGCGUCUCAUCAAGGGUGCUAAAGGGAUCCGCACUCUGCUUUUUGCCUUGAUGAUGUCUCUCCCUGCCUUGUUUAACAUCGGUCUCCUCCUUUUCCUGGUCAUGUUCAUCUACGCUAUAUUUGGAAUGUCCCAGUUUGCCUAUGUGAAAAAGGAAGUUGGGGUUGAUGACAUGUUCAACUUUGAAACAUUUGCCAACAGCAUGAUCUGCCUCUUCCAAAUCACCACCUCUGGGGGCUGGGAUCGCUUGCUGGCUCCCAUUCUCAACAGCAAUGCACCAGACUGUGACCCUGAAAAAGUCCACCCAGGAAGCACAACCAAAGGAGACUGCGGCAAUCCUUCCGUUGGGAUUUUCUUCUUCGUCAGCUACAUUAUCAUCUCAUUUCUGGUUGUAGUCAACAUGUACAUUGCUGUCAUUCUGGAGAACUUCAGCGUUGCCACCGAAGAAAGUGCUGAGCCUUUAGGCGAAGACGAUUUUGAGAUGUUCUAUGAGGUUUGGGAAAAGUUUGAUCCGGAUGCAACCCAAUUUAUAGAGUGCUGCAAACUCUUUGAUUUUGCAGCUUCUCUGGAGCCGCCUCUUUUAAUACCAAAGCCAAACCACCUCCAGCUUAUUGCAAUGGAUCUUCCCAUCGUCAGCGGCGACAGAAUUCACUGCCUUGACAUCUUGUUUGCUUUCACGAAACGUGUCUUGGGCGAAAGUGAUGAAAUGGAUGCUCUCCGUGUACAAAUGGAAGAUCGGUUUAUGGCUGCUAACCCUUCCAAAGUCUCCUACGAACCCAUUACAACUACUCUGAGGCGGAAACUGGAGCUGGAGUCCGCUAAAGUCAUCCAGCGAGCCUACAGGCGGUACCGUGCCUCAAACCCGGUGCGUAAACCUUCAUUCAUAUAUGACAAAGGCAAAAACAAAAUGGACCCUGAUAAGUUGAGUUUGAACUUGCCCCUGGAAACGAGGAAGAGGAGCUGCUCCACCACGUCACCACCUUCAUAUGACAGUGUGACAAAGCCAGACAAAUAUGAACAAGAAAAGUCAGAAAAAGAAGAAAAAGACAAAGAUGACAAGGAGAGCAAAAAGUAA